AGUUUAAUAAAAGAUUUAGGUUUAUAUGGUAUUUACACUUGGCGCAAGUAACUUUGCGUCAAAACCUGGAAACUGUCGCUUCAAUCUACGGCGUGUAGUACGUUUGACUAAAGCGUUCUAUCGAUUGUUGAUUCCCUAGGUUGAGAGAGUUCGCUUCGCUAUAAAGAGUCUUUGGAAGGCAUACUGUCAUAAAAUACGACCACUUGUCGCUUGACGUGCUGUUCUCCAGUGGAGUCUGUAAAGCAAGGUUGGAGAAGCGGUAACUGUGUCGCUUUUAAAGGUUCGAGGUAUGUGUAUUCAAUUGCUUCUAGUGUUUAGAAUAAUACUUCAUAAAAUUCGUAAGCCUUUACCUAGCAUGGACCGUAGCGCUAAAACAGGCUUCUAGAAAACAGGCAUUGAUAGUCUGCGUAUUAUGAUUCUAUCAUUGAAAGAUGAAACCCUAACUUCGAUAACAACAGCUGGACGUUUAAAAUAUACAAAAUAUCAAGUCUUUUCUGUAGAAUUAGCCUUUAACCACUGCCCUUUCGAUAAACAAGAGUAAAUGCUUUAAAGGCAAAGUAUUUGUGCGCAGAUUAAUCUGUUUUUCACCGCAAAAACACGAAUAAAACUGUACAUUUGCGAACAAAAUUUUAACGCUUCAAUAUAUAGCAUAUUAUAUACUCUAUCUUAGACUUUAAUCGCGUCUUUCAUUAAAUAAUAACAAAACUAUAAACAUUUUAUAGUUCCGCAAACUAGCUAUACAGAGUGUCUGUGCCUCUAUUAGUUUAUUUUCGACCGCAGUAGACACAAAUAGGACCAUGAUCAAUGUCGAUUGAUGUUCAAAUUCAUGAAUUCAUGUCUUUAAAGCUACACCAGAAACAUUUAGUUUUAUAUUCCGCUAUAUAACAGGAAGGUUAUUUUCCACACUGCCUAUUUCACAAAAAGUACACUUAUGAUAUUGCACUUUAGUUUAUUUCAUGUGAGAAGGUUUCGAUUUACAUUUCCGACGGAGCUCCUUUCAACUUGCGUCAAUAUAAAUAACAGGAAGCCGACGAUUUUCUCAUCAAUUUAUUGUUAGUUUUAUUUGACGAACUCUUUGAGUUGGGUUUGUAUAUGUUAACGACUGUCCGUCAUUAUGUAUGCAAAAUAUGCAUGUCUGCAAAGCCUAACUCAUAACUCGCGUUCGGCGAUGUGAAAUAGUCUGCAUCGUUCGUGUGUGUAUUGUGUGCGCUAUGCAAAUCAAUAUUUUCUGAUUGUAGAGAAGUAUAGACACUCGUUCACAUCGCGGCUAUGCCUUAAUAUGUUCGCGACCGUUACGCCUUAUCGCUAAGUGUGAUUAUCAAGAGCAGAUUUUGAUUAAAUAGGCUAUUUCGAGCUAAAGCAAUAUGGUCUUCAAAUUGGGCUAUUCCAUUUAAAACACGUAUUUUGUAUUUUCCUUUUUGAGGACAAGAAUUUUACUAUACUUCUCAAGAAUUCCUGUCGUAAAAGAGAUCCCUAAAAAUUCCUAUCAAAAGCAUUCAUCACGUGAAAAAAAAUGAGCAUUGAAGAAUUUCGAUUUUUUUUUCACUUGACCCUUGAAGAAUUCAAAACACCCAACCCUGAAGAAUUUAGAAUUCCAUAGUAAAAUUGACUUACUUCUGAGGGAAUUUCGGGACUAAAAAUUGUCUAACCCUGAAGAAUUCCAAAGCUCCUCGAUAAGGGGAGGGGGUUGCCGGCGCGGAAUAGCCCUCGGAAUAGCCCAAUAUAGCCUAUAUGUCCCCUUGGAGCCUACAUGAACGUCGUCAGUUCAAUACUAGGGUUAAGCGAUAUUUAAAAAAUCAUAUCAUAAUCAUCGUCUAUAGGAAAUUAUCACGAUAUUCGAUAUCGUAUUGAAUUUUAGAUCAUUUAAGAUAUAUCAGUUUACAUAUCGUAUUAUAAAUAACAAAUUGAAGUGAAUAUCCAACUAAAACAAGUCAAAAGCUUGUUUCAUUUCAUCAUUUCAUAAACCCUAGCUGUCCACUGCGAUAGUGGCAAAGUGGCAAGAUUUAUGUUCGAGAAAUUAAGGAAAACUGUUUUCGGAUUUUUUAAAAGCGAUGUACACAUGCCAACCAAUAUCGCGUUAACCCUAACAAUAAUUACGAUAUAUCGUCGCGUAAGUUUCUACCUUCGAUACGAUAAUCAUGAGUAAAUUAUCACGAUAAUAUCGAAAUAUCGCGCAACUCCGUUUAGUUUAUCAGUUAAGACUAUUACCAAUCUUGUUAAUUCGGGAGGAACAGCGCAAGCGCGGUUGUGGCCGACUAAAAAUGACUAAAUGUUUUUAUAAUUGCGCAAAAUGGAAUUAAGAUCGUUAGAAAUGAAUUCAUUUUGUACAUUCUGCGUCGUCAUCGGUAAAUAUGCGUGCGUCAACUCAUCUCUAGAGAUGUGUAUUAAAAAUGCCGGAAUGCCGACUCAUUUUCUUGGAAUUGAUAUACUUGAGAACCUCGUUGCGACGUAUGUUUACGAUCAUUCUAAUCAUCAAGGCAAAACACUCCCUUAUAUAAUUCCCUAGUUACAGUAACUAUGUGGCAGAAAUAAAAAAUAACAGAGAUUUUGUUUAUACACAUUUUCAUCGACGUUUGUGUGUUUACUCGAAAUUAUAUACAAUGGUCGUUAUUUCGCAGUAGAUCAGUCUAUAUCACCAGAUUCAAGCAGAAAGUAUGAUGAAAUAUGUGAGCCACACUCUCUAACUUACGCGAUGUACCAAUUUAAAUAUAUAUAUAUGGGCUUUUUCAAUUUCUGGUACGAUGCAGCCAUGUAUAUAUAGCUAGAGGUUUAGUUUUUUUGCGAGGAAAAUAAAAUCGGAUGGACAUAAGAAUCUGGAGACUGGAAUAGGGGUCUUAUUUUUUAUACUUGUCAAUUAUAGUUUUGGAGUAUGUUAUAUAAUAUGAGCCACACCAAAUAUAAUCUUUUGAAAAUGUUUAUUCAGUAUCAUCAACAUUGUUGAUAUUAAAAUAAAAAAAUGCCUCUUGUCAGUGAGUUUUGUAUGAGUUAGGUAAGGGGUUUAGGAAUCUAAAUUUAUAUAUACAAGUUAUUAAUACGAUUGGAAGAUUAUAACACUAUAGGCUACACCUUAUACGUAAACGAACACCCUUUAAUAUCAUUUAGGUAUAUACACCUUAUAUAGGUAAACGAACAUCCGUUAUAAUAUAAACUCUGCAUUCAUUCAAUGUCAUUUUGGGGCCCACUACAUACGACUGAAAUAUUAUUCCCAAAUAAACUGAAAUAUAUAAUCGCAAACAAUAUACUUUGACCUUUUUAUGUUUUAUGUCAAUAUGAUAUUGUAUCCUGUUAUAUAAAGUUGUCUUCCUUGGUCAAGAAAUUCCUGUCGUAUAGAUAAAAAAAAUAUUAGGCUUUCAACACUAUUCCAAAGUAAAACAUCUGUAAGCCGAUAUACUAUAACUAUAUAAAGCGAUUUUGACUACCGCUCAAAGCCAAAGGGCUCACUCGAAACACUAACGAUUUAAUUUUAUUCCACCGACUAUACUUGAGAGUUGAAUUCUCUUUGAACAAUGUCACGGUCCCACGAUUUCCGGCAUGCAUGUGGCUUGUCUCGAGUCUCGACUCAGGACUAGCUCUUACCUUCCGAAAUACAGCAUCCAUGCCGUUGAUAUAAUCGACGGUAAACCGCUUCAUUGAUACCUUGGAGUCUUGGUCUUGAAAAGUUGACAGUUAUCGUCAGAUUUUAAGUAAUUUAAAGCUACGUCUUUGAAAUAAAUAUUUAAGUCCUAAGCGAUAAAGAAAGUUCCUUUGUAGUUUAAUAUUUGCGAAAGCAUCCAUUAAUUGGCUGUAUGUUUUACUUAUUUCCGAACAUCCGUGAACGUGCUAUUUGACAUACACAGUUGGUUGUAGCUAUACAUGCUGAAACAGUGCACUACAAAUCAAGGUUUGAUAAAUGUUUUGAUAUAUUUUGUUUGGAUUACUACUGUGUAGAAUUUGUUUUGUUGAGUGAUCUAAAAGAGAUACGAAUUUGUGAUAUUUAAUGUUUAUCACAUGUUUUCAUUUACUGAAGUCUGUAUAAUAGAUGUUGUAAGAUCAUAGAUGUAAUGUUACAAUACACUAUACGCGUUGAUAUAUUAUAUGGAGUUCGAGUGAUAUACAAUAUUGUUAUAUCAAUGCUGUGUAGUAGUAAUGUAUUGUGCACUAUUACCUAUCUGUUAUUACAAUAACAAUAUUUAAUCAGUGUAUUAACAACGUGAUCAUCACCGUAUAUAUAUAUAUAUAUAUAUAUAUAUAUAUAUAUAUAUAUAUAUAUAUAUAUAUAUAUAUAUAUAUAUAUAUAUAUAUAUAUAUAUAUAUAUAUAUAGUUAUAGUAAUAUAGUAAUAUAGUAAUAUAGUAAUAUAGUAAUAUAGUAAUAUAGUAAUAUAGUAAUAUAGUAAUAUAGUAAUAUAGUAAUAUAGUAAUAUAGUAAUAUAGUAAUAUAGUAAUAUAGUAAUAUAGCUUAAUUUUUGUUUACGAAACACAAACAGUGCUCAAUACCAUAUAUAGAGCGUAAUAUAGUUUUUCGUUUUACCUCAAAAAACCACAACAGUCUGUUUCAUCCGUAUAGGAAUUUUGUAAAAAUAGUUGAUAUAGUUAAUUUUAAAGAAAACGAAGUUAUUUUACAGAGAUUAUUUAUAAAAUUAACCCCACUCCACGAUAUUUUAGAUGACCAUAAAAAAUGUCGCUCGACCGGUACCCCAUGAAACCUGAUUGAUAAUUUAAUUUAAUUUAAUUUACCAUGCAUCUUUAUAACUUAACCAUAUACAGAAAGGAUUUAUUUAUUGUAUGCAGAUAUUUAUUAUUAGACCUUUUCAUUGGAUGCCCAUGGUUAACUCGCUUUGUAUUAUUCCAUGUUUAAUCGCCAGCUAUUUGCGCUAGGUAUUUUUAACAGCUAUUAUUGCGCGGUCAAUGUUUGGAAUUCUUGACAUUUUUCUCAAAACCACCAGGAAAUUCUAUAACUGCGUUGCUGCUUAAUCUUGUGUGCUUGUUUUUGCCUUGUUCAAUUACAGCACGGUACGCUCGCCCUGUGCCAUAGCUUAUGCAUGUGAUCGGUCCGAUCGUAAAUCAUAAUUAUUCCACGCGUCUUAAGUGGUUUCGCUAAGCAAUAAGCAUUAUCGUCCUAUAACAGAAAUAUUUAUUAUAAUAGUCUUUAAUCCACAAGGCAUAACAAAACACCAUGCAAAGAUUAACUAAAAUAAUUGUAUAAACUGUCAAAAACGUUUUGAAUGUCGUAAAAAUAUUUUGCAACCAGUUUCAUAAUAGUUAUAUAUAUUUUGCAUAUAUAGCAAGGACAUACUUCAGUAACAGAUUUUGUGAAGUGAAUAAAUUAAAUAUAAAUAAUUAGUUUCGCAAAUUUUGCACAAAUGUUAUCUAAGAUCAACGAAGUUUGCGUUACCGCAAGAUAUUAAGUAAUUUUGUUUGUUUCCAAUCGCGUUCGAUCACAAAGUUUACAUAUUGUAUCACUGUGUUCAAAAUUAUUCUAAUAAAUACUUUGUAAAAUAUAUAUUGGUUAUCAAUUGGAAUUGAUAUUAAUUAACCAGCUCCCGUUGUUUCACCAUGCAACAAGGCUAUUAAACUAUUAUUAAGUGACUAUAUAGUAAAUCUUCAAAUAUAUGCAACCAAUAUUUUACUACAAGUGUAUAGAUAUACUUGUAUAUUAAUUAAGGGCACUCUUCACAAUUUGGCAUAUAUUGCUAGUAGUAGAAAAAAAUUGAAAUCUACAAUUUAAAUCUUGUUUUUAAAAAUUUUAUUUUUAAAACUUUCAAAGGAAUUAAUUUUGCCCACUGCAGAUGCAUGCACGGUUACUGCAGUUAUCAGAAUGACAAAACAAAUGUCAAUUCUUUUUAUUAUAUAUGUGAUAGUUUUAUGAAUGGAACCGAAGAUAUAGUUUAAUAGAUGAUUCCAGAAUUAGACGAAAGUUUGAUCUGGAUAAGAAAAACGAAAUCCAUUACCAAAGCUGGAAAGAGCUCAUCAUCUUAAGUUGAGUAAAAUUGCAAAGUUUGGCUGCGAAUUGUUGUAAAAUGAGGAAAAUAUAGCCCUGUGAAGUUCGCAAAUUUUUAAAUAAUUGCAUUACGCGCGUAAUACAAAUAUAUACAAAAUUUUACAGCGCGUAAUACAAAUAUAUACAAAAUUUGCGAACUUCACAGGGCUGCUAUAUUUUCUUCAUUUUACAACAUUUAGCAACCAAUAUUUGCAGCUUUACUCAUUCUAAGACGCUCUUUCUAGCUGAGGUAUUGGAUUUCGUUCUUCUUAAGAGCCUUGAUCAAAAUUUAGUCUAGAGCUGGAGUCGCCCAUUUUCUUGCUCCAUAUAGGCUAAAGUGUCGACAUUUCUGUAUUUGACCACCUUGAUGUAGAAUUGUUAGAAUUCUUUGUUUAUUGUAACCUGAGAGAUUUCAUCCCCUCAUUGACUUGUACGUCUCCAGCUGAGCUUAACUCAAGUAUUUACUUCAAAUUUUUCAAAUGCUUCUCCCAGCCAUUCCGGUUCAGACUUGGCAAUUUCUGUUUCGAAAUAACACGAAAUAAUCUUCCCACAGAUUUCUCAGCACAAGUUUCGAAACGUAUUCUCUUUAAUAUAUCGGCUUUUACAGGCUGUUAGUUCCGCAAAUGACCAUUUUGCAUUUCAAUUACUCAAUUAGAAUGUAUUAAAUUGGUCAUUAGAAUGCACUAAUUAGUUGCUAAAGUCCUCGCCCUAAAUUAUUGUGUUAUUAUUUUCUAUUUUUGACCUUCGGUGGUUUGCCAGAAUUAUAAGACUUCUUAACUUAAGUAUUAAACAUCCCUGCCUCGCCAUAGCUUUUUAUGCGCGCACGGCUGUUAGUAUUGGACGAGGUAUAAUUUUGCGCUAAUUAUAGAUUGAUUAGAAACAUUGUUGGAAUUCGGUACGCAGGAUUUCUCGCAAUUUUUUAUUCGCCAUAGUUGGAGGCAAUUGGUAUAGGGUCCCCUUCGUCUCUCAGGGGAGUGGUCGGCAAGGAUUGGCGGGUUUUCUAUGGUGAGAGAUUGCAUGAGAGUUUUCUCAACUCUUGUGCCCCGGCAUGCAUGCAAAUCAUUUCGUAAAAGUCCGGAAUGUCCAAGUUUGUAAAAGUCCUAAUAAUCCAGAAAAAUGUACUUGACAGUCUUCUUCAGAUCACCUCAUCACCCCCGAUGAAGACACUAGACUGGAGUGUCGAAAUGUUGGAUCGUGAACGCUAUUCGACUUGGCUUUGCAGUCAUUUAUUAAAACCACAGUAGCGAGCUGAAACGUGACUUAUUCUUGACAAUUCUAAAAAAAAUAAUGAAUUCAUGCUUGAGAAAUAAAAUUCACGUCGGAAUUGAAUGAAGAUUUCCAAGAAUAUAUGAAACCUUAGUUAUGUCAUAUAAAUAUGCAAUCUACGUCGUUAAAUUUUAUCCUCAAUUGCGUUUUACUUCAUUGUUUUAUUUCCAACAAGAAAUCCGAAAAGUCCGACAGAAGUCUCGUAUACUUUCUAGGCGUGAUUUACCACCUUUGCCUUUGGUCAAAACUGCGGGCGGAGCGAAAACGGUUUUCGUCGACUCUCAUCAAAAUUUGAACCGUGAACUCAAAGACGCGAGUGAGAGUUGCAACUCUGGUUUAAUAUUGACAUUAUUUCUCAUUCUGCACAACACACUCUAAAAACACAAUUUCCUGCUUAACUGGCUAAAAAUAACACUAUUUGGAUUAACUUAAAAUUUUUGGUUAAAUUUCCUGACUUUUUUUAUCUCACUUCCUACAAUUGUCUGGUUAUAAUGUAACCUGGAAUCUGGUUAUAUUUGACCAACACGUCGUUAAAAUAACCAGACUAUGCUGGGUGGAUAUAUAACCAGAGCCACAACCAGGACGUCCUGGUCAAAUUAACCCGAGGCUAGAGUAGAAAAAGGUUGAGAGUAUUAAGUUAUACCCCAAAUAUUAUUUCUAAGUUGACCAGAAAAAAAUUAAUCAGAGAGUUUAUAGCGUAGUGUACUUGGUGAGAUCUAGCUACACAUUUGUCCAGUGUGCGAUUACCAUGCAGCAAGAUCAGUUGUCCUUGCUCUCAUUUCCUCCUGGUUUUUGAAAACUGUUUCACGUUCUAUUUCUUAUCUAUUUCUAGGACCAGAUAAUCGUGUCUCCUCGCGUUGAACUAUGCAAGCACUCCAUCGCCCUGUAAAUAUGGAUAUAGGUAUGACAUGAAAGUUUAUAAAAGAACAGCAAAGAUUCUUAAAGACCAUUUCAAGUCCGUAAUGUAUUAAACAAAUCGUUUGUUUACAUUUUGAACUGCUAAUUUGUAAAAUAAGACAUACUAACUGUAUAUCUAACACUUUUCCGGUUCGCUAUUGUAAAUGAAUAUCAACUAGAGUACGUUUCAAUUCAAAAAAGUUCGAAAGAUGCAAAAUUUGGGCAAUUUCGAGUGUUGAACAUGUCUCACGAGUGAGCGCACAACACGAGAAAUAAAUCUGGUAUUUCCAAGCACCCAUGUAUUUUUCUGUUUAUUAUAUAAAGGACAGUCUUUGAAAAGCGAUAAUUUGUACAGAAAAGUGAUAUUUGAAAAGCGAUAAUUUUCACAUGUGAGAUUAUCAUGAAUAAUUUCACAUGUGAGAUUAUCAGUUUUAUCAGUGCUCGAAAUCUCUAUAAAGCACUAUACUUUAUAUAAUGAAUAUCAGUAAUAUAUAGAUCAGCGCGUGCACUGCAAGCCCGAUAAAGACGCACGCCUUUAGGCGCACGCCCGCAACUAAGGACGAGCGCGCAAAGGAUUCCUAAUUAAUUAUUUGAUAGCAAGCGACUGGGGACGAGGCAGCCAGCGAAUUGCGAUAUUUUUAAGCUUCCUAAAAUAACCUGUCGAUUGAUAUAACCUAGAUUUAAAUUUAGCAUUUAUAAAUUAAUAAGGUAUCUUUUGUAUUAAUUAAAGCUGGAUUAUAGCACUUCCCCUCGGUUAACAUUUAAUCUGCUGUUUUGGUUUAUGUAUUUCUGCACGUCUGUUGAUUUAAUGAUUUUAAAACUUCAGAGAAGAAAAAUCCAACAGCUCAAGAGUCCAGACAAGAUUUGUAAAACCUGGGGGUGAGCUUAUCGGCUUUCGAGCAACCGCAUGGCCCCUGGUAUCAAAACACAGCAUGCACAGCGUGGCAAGUACACGCGCAAUUUUUUUGGCACUUGAAAUAGCGCCUAAAAAGAUCAUUCCCAUCUAAUGACAUAAAUAAUAGUGGAUGAUAGGAAGUUGUGCCCUUUUCUCGCAAGAUAUUGAUUGAAUGUAUGCGUCUGUGGUUCCGGUGUAAACAUUUUUGUCAUGAUUGUGAUUCUUUCACACCGUAAAUAAACCUAAGCUAGAACUACGACUAUAGAACUACAUCAAUCCAAAACAUAUGAAUCGUUAGCGCAAGUCGUGGCGAGGGUAUACGCGAAGCCUUACGACGUCCAAGUAUUUCUAAUCUAAAAGGUUUGUAGCUAUAAAUAGUAUAAGGUUACUUUUAGAACCAACCAUAACAAUAUUAUUGUCAGCAAUCAGCAUCUCAGGGUUUCCAAUAGACGCCAGCAGCCGGCGGUUUUCCGCUGGUAGUACAACAAACCAUCGCCGCCUAUUUUGAAUCCUGGCUUCUCAGUGGUUGGAGCCCUAUGGCUAUAGACUAUGGGACCAUCAGGACGGUGCACUAUUGUGCCACUUAUAAUAAUUAUUAUACGAUUAUAAUAUCAAACACCUGCCGUUGUGAAUUGUAUUGAAAACCCUGGAAUCUUGUUGAAAUAAUUCCUGUAACAAAAGUGUCGUUAGUUGUUCAUGGGCUGAUGGACAUACGAGUCGUGAGACAUGAAAUCCGGAUUAUUACGAUUUCGCUUGGGUCAGACAAAUCAACUGUGGAGUUUCCCGGACGUUGUUGGUUCAUAAUGAUCUGCCAGCUUUUCAAUAUGUGCAUUGAUAGCGCGUGCUGGUCACUUCCGGCAUGGUCAAUCACGUUGCUUAACUUUUGAUAAGCAAUCCCAGCGAUCCGUGCGACUCGGUCCCACGGAUACUGUUUUCAAAUUUUAGACCCGUCACGUUUUAGGGGGAGUUACUAUUUUUAGACUUUUGUAAUUUUGUAUUCUUUUGUAUUUUAAACUUAACCCUAAUCCCAACCCUAAACCUAAACCUAACCCUUACUGUAAUCUUAACCCCCUAAUCUUAAUCCUUAUCCAAACCCUAAUCCUAACCCUAAAAGUCUAAAAAUAGUAACUCCCCCUAACAUAUGACUUAUAUGUCAAAUUUUCCUCAGAGAUGCAACUACCUGAAAAGGAGAAAUUCAGUCGAAGUUUCGAACGAAGGCCCUAUACUACUCUUGCCAUUUUUGCUGCGAUUUCUAGUGCGACUUUCCUUUUUCUGAUGGAUGUGAACGAGUAAAUAAAUUAUGAAUGCUCUGAGAAAUGUACCCUCAUCUAAACAUUCCUAACUCAUCCACUCGUUCACAUCCAUCGGGGAAGAAAAUCGCACCUUUGAUCGCAGAAAAAAUUGCAAGUGUAAACGGGCCUCAAGAUUAUGUCUGGUGCUAGCAAUGAGCUAACUUUGUGGACUGUCACCGAGAAGCCAAGAAAAUGUUUUGUGUUCUCUCGCUUUUUGAACAGUACCAGUUAGGUUCGAUUCCAACCGUGGCCAGGCAUAUUAGAGAGGUUAAGAUACCCCGUUUUCGGUGUACGGGUACGAGUAGUGUCAUCUUGUUUUACUGAUGUCUGUAAUUCGAUCAUACUUUUUCUGUUUUCUUGCAAUAGACAUUAGGGCCAUUUAUACGGGACAAAAUAAGUCGCGUCUUACAUAAGACGCGUCUUAUAUAAGCUGAGUUAUCGCAUAAAUGGUUCUCUACGGAUUUAUUCUUAUUUACUUGCUAUAGCUAUGAUGUUGUUUCGGUAGUUUUUGUUCGAAUAAGCAAGGCUAAUAAUUUUACGUUGUUUCAAGUUUCGGGCAUGUGUAGUUAGAAUUUUUGUCUAAAAUUUCUUAUUUAAGACGCGACUUAAAUAAGAACAGCUAAAAGUCCUGUUCUUAUGUAAGACGCGUCUUACAUAAGAAUUUUGUACCUUUUAUACGACAAACUCGCGUCUUAUUUAAGUCGCGUCUUAUGUAAGUCGCGUCUUAUUUUGUCCCGUAUAAAUGGCCCUAAUGAUAUAAUGCGAAAAAUGUGCACCUUAAUUGCGAGUAAAGCUCAGUACAGACAUCGACGAAAAUAUUGCUAACCAAAAUCAUGCUACCCGUACACGUACACCGAAACCGGGGUAUCUUAACCUCUCUAAUUUUCAAGCUUGCCCGGUGUGGAUAUACACUCAAGAGUAACAUCAUAAACAUCUUAUUCACCUGAGUACAUAACACCAACACGGAAAAAUCAAUGCAUUUGAUUUAUUUGAUCGAUCAAAAUGUCCGCACAGAAUAAAAUUAAUCGGCUAUUUAGUGGGGUUUUUUUCGGCGAAUAGCCGAUAACGGUUAUCUACAAUCCUAUUCCUAUCCCCCUAACAGUAUUGUGCGCGAAACGUGAGAAUAAUAACUUAUAUGUCUGUGUCUUCAUUUCAGAGUCCCCUCCCCACAUCCCCGGCCCGAUCAACGGCAAUCCUUACGCUAUAGUUAACCAAGCUAUGAAAAUGAAAUGUCGCGCCGAAGAAGGACAGACCGGCCGGGACUUGGAUUACCCCGGCGAGACCAAGAUGGCGAAAUAUAACGGAGACAGCAACGUCUUUCAAUUCCCGGUCAUGAUCGGCGAGCAACAAAUACGAGAUGAGAACCGCAAGGCAGCCAUGAACGAACUACUUGGGAAUCUUGGCGUGAACGCUGUUGCUAUGGAACGAAAUGGCGAGAGCACGACGACGGUUACCAUAACGAAGCAGGUAACCCAAAAGAAUCCUCAACCACCGCAACGGCAAAGUAGUUUCAAAGCUGCAGAGAAAAUUAAAAUGAAAAAGGGCUCUCAGAGAGCGGUGUCGCCUACGUCGCCGGGGCAAAACUUUGAAGUACCUUUGAUACAAACAGCUCCAAACGAAGACCGGAAUCUGUACUACGCGUCGCAUUACGCCGCCUCACAGCCUGGUAAAGUUAAGGCGAAACUUCAUAUAGACCCGCAUUCGGGUGGUCAGAUUUCUCCGACCGCCUCGCCCGAACUGAUCGCCAAUCGUAAGAUGUUACUGGAUGUAAUCGAAGGUGACUCUGGCGACGAUCUUGACGCGGGAACGGAAGGAGAGGUGACGGUGGUGCGGAAAACAGAGGCGCGGGACGAAGACAGCGAUACGGAAUCCGAAGAUGAAAUCUCAUUUCAUGAGAGCCCCACGUUACCCAGGCGUGGAAAUGUCGCACAGAAGGUGCAAUUCCUUUCGAAAUCUGUAGCGUUCGCCCCUCCCCCCGACUCAGAGGAGCAGAAUAAACGAAAGAAUACAUCCGUGCCAUUGAUUGGCCUCACCCCUCUGGCAGCCACGGAUAUCACAGAUAGGAUUGCUAAACACAAUGAGAAAUCUCUGGCUGCAGGCCAGGUCAUGGCUACUGCGAAUAUGGUGUUAUAUAGCAGUAAACAGCCGCCAAAGAGAGUCGUGGAGUACAACCCUGAUGCUCAUGAACACAACGAUGAGCAAGGUAGGAGUAUUGUAGAGUUAUCUAACGCAUAUAAAAUUCAAAUUGUGUUAUAUGAGAAACAACAAGAUGAGAUCUCGUCUUGCGUCAGGUGGGAUCUCACUAGAGACCGUACGAUUUUAGGACGGCAACCGCGACGGGGACGGCCAAAACAAACUCCUUCAAAUAGAUGGUUGUCGAUAGUUCGUCGUAUAUUAUCAGUCGUAUGAAUUUAAUACAGUCUUAGAAGUUGAAGACAUGGGUUUUAUGGUUGGGAAGAGUUCUGCUAAACCCAGUUUGAAGUUGCACUUGUUGCGGCUUGGAAUGCAGCCGUUGUAUCAAGACGUGAAAAUCUGUGAUUUGGCGUUGUAAACAGAGCGAGGACAAUGUCUAAAUUAUUCAUUUAUUGUAAUUACUCAAUUCUUCUCAAUGAUCUAUUGUAUUGGUAGCCGUUGCCGUCGCGGUUGCCGUCCUAAAAUCGUAAGGUCUCUAAUAGAGACUAUAUAUAUAUAUGUAUAUAUAUAUAUAUAUAUAUAUAUAUAUAUAUAUAUAUAUAUAUAUAUAUAUAUAUAUAUAUAUAUAUAUAUAUAUAUAUAUAUAUAUAUCAGGGUCAGAAUUUAUUGAAAUAUUAAUGAUUGUCCCAUGCAAUGCAACAGUUAAUAAUUAAUAUAGUGUAUACCGGGAUAAAAUGGGAUAUCAGUGACAAAAUAAUAUAUUAUACAUCAAUUUCAAUACUUACUCGUUUUUGGCCCUUUUUUGCCGGCUGUGUUUGCUGCAAAAUUUUAGAUGGCAAAUUAUUGUAAAUUAUUCAUAAUAUAUAUAGUUUUGUAAAAAUAACAGCUCAAAAAAGGUUAAUUAUAAUCUGAGACACCGUUUAUAUGAGAAUUUGGCGAAGUCAAACCGAAAUGAAAAUUGAAAUUGUCAACACGUUUACAUGCAUGAGACCGGUUUGAAAAUCACAAAAUUUUCAAUUUAUUUCUCUUGCCAGGGAAUUUUCUUUUUUAGAUGCCUUUUUUAGCAUGUGUUGUUCCAAUGUCAAGGGUGUUUGCAUUCAUCCCGGUCUGAAUUCAUGCCGGUCUGAAGUCAGUCGGCUCGGUCCAGCAGGAGGAAUGACUUGAGACCCGGUCUGAGUUAUUUUCGUCCUGGUCUCAUGUAAACAUCUACUAUAAAUAAUACUAUGACCGAAACAAAAUGGUCCCGGUUUGACUUCGUUCCGGUUUCAUGUAAACGGGCCGGUGUUUUUCGCGCGUGUAUAUGCAAAUUUAUUAUAUGGCUUUUCAAAAUUCUCUAUUCCAAUUGGUUGACAAGGGGUCCGUAAACUGACCCAUAUCCGGACCGUGGUCGGUAUUUUCCGUAUCUGGACUGGUGUCCCGGAUGUAAUUUAUCUGGCGGGAAAUUUUGGCUUUGCAAGCAGAAAAAUUUUUUGCUUUUUAAAUUUCCAUUUGUGCUUUACAGAUAAAAAUGUCAAACAACCAAAUUGUUUUUGAUUGAGCAUGCAUGCCUACCGUAUAUUGUUACCCAGUGAAACUGACGAUAGCCGAUUUAAUCGGCGCGGAAAGCAUAUGCUCACAGACUCAGUUCAGCCAUAUAAUAAACCGAUUAUUGACCUCGCUUGUUCGGUCUGUACUGUGAAAUAUCAGACCUCUGUUUUUUGCAUGGACCUCGCUCCUUCGUCGCUCGGUCCAUACUAAAAAACCUCGGUCCGAUAUUUCACAAUACAGACCUCACGCUCGGUCAAUAAGCCGUUAUCAUAAACUGGCCGUUGAGAAAGAUCGGCUUCAGUGCCCAAAGAUCAAACUUCUAUUUUCUAACGCAGUGCUUCCAUUUUGUCUAGUUGAAGACUUCCGUUCAGCACCAGUAUUACGUCACCACCAAGAGGGUUGGAACAAAGUGGAAACAAAUGACUCAGACACAAGUGACGUACAUUCAGAUCAAGCUAUAGAAGAGGACUUCCCCCCUCCCCCUCCUGAAGUCCCCCCACCUCCUGUGGUGCAAACCAUCAAACUCGGACAGCAGGCUGAGUUCAGGCUCAAUGUUCAAGUGUCGAGCGCAGGCAAACUUGAACCAGUCCAUGAAAGGUAAGGUGAAAGUUCCAUUUUUAGGCUCUCUCACGGAUAGAAAUUUCGACGUAUUUUGGAAACCGCGGGAAUGGGCAUGCAGACAUGCGGACAUGGAAAAGACGGCAGUUCUGGAAAAGGCAGCUAUUUAUAGAAAAGAGGGCAAAUAUAGAAAAUAAUUUUUUGAGCAGUUUAGAGGAAUCUAUCCCUAUCAGAGGAAUAUAUAUACCUUGCUCAGUAUUAUGAAACAAAUUCGUCUUUUCCACAACUGUCCGUCUUUCCAUAAAGUGGUACAUGUCCGCAUGUCCGUGCCCGCGUUUUAGAGUCCGCUUUUCCAAUACACCUACCUUCAACUUCCCGAGGUCAGAAAUGCAAUUGGGCAAUCCGUAGUUCAAUAUAGAGGCAAUUCUAGCUUAAACAGGUUCUCAUUUAAAAGGGGUUUAAAUAAAAAAUUUUGCCUAACAGGUUCUCGAAUUCUAGGUUCUUAUAUGCGGGGUUUUACAGUUCCUGCAUGCAAUGCAAAAUAAUAAAAUACAAAUUUACCAAUACAUAAAUAUUGGCAUAUUGUUUUAACCUAUAUUUAGCAAUUAUUCGCCGAAAGCGUGGUGGUGACAAGCCUAUAUUCACUGAGCCGAAGGCGAAGUGAAUAUGGGCUUGUCAUCACCGAGCCUGAGGCGAAUAAUUGUUUUAGUAUAAUUUCAUCAUUGAAAAAGUGUUAUUUAUAAAUACAACUAAUUUAUACACGUGUUUAUUUUAUAAAUAAAUAAUAAAUAAAUCCUUUACUUCCGUCUGAUAUUCAGCCAUUUUCUGGGGGAAAACAAUAGUUACUGCUCAGAGCAGUCGAGCACUAUUACCUCAGAGUUACUGCAUAAGGAGCCAAUCAGAAUGCUCAAAGGUCAUUUUUCAAUACUGAAAUUAUACUAAAACGCCAUAUAUAACCCUACACUGUGAUGACAUAUUACCCGGUCGCAGCGGGCUAUCAUUAAUAUUCCUCGCAUAUCAUCGGUAAAAUAUCUCGAGAGUGUACUACAUACAACACACGAGGUCACGCAAUGACUAAACUCGUUCUAUCAACACAAACUAUAUGCUCCAACGACAACACUUUCAUUCUUUCGUUCGUGGAGAAAAAACCAAGUCUUAUUGUGAAAAUUUCGUCUGUUUGCAGCGAAGAUCCGUCAGAUUCAGGCUGCGAGACGUCUGCGCCACUAUCACCCCCUGCACCCGAGAUUAAAAUAGAGGAACCUGCCAUUCGAAAACAACUCGUCCAAGUCGAAGAAAGCGUUGACGACGCAUUGUUAGAAGAAUUAUUUCGAAAUGCACCCGAACAGCAAGUUCAACCUUCAAAACAGGUAAGAAAAAUGAGACACUUCCCAAACUAAUUUCUGUUUUUCCGUUUGUAAAUUCACGGCAUAUAGUUAUAAUAUCAGACAUGUUUUCUCUUACACCACUUUGAUUUAACUCAAUAAAUGCAAUCUCCUAGCAAAUUAUAUUCCCUGUCCAUCCUCUAAGGUUGCAUUUAUUGACUUAAACAAUUCAAACACAUGUUGAACUUCUGUUUUUUACUCUUCAGCGAAAUUUUUAUAUUAUCGCAAAAAAAGCACAUUCUGUAAUUUAGUUGGCUAAAUGAUGUUGGCGUGAUGUUGUGGUUUUGUAUUUUAUAUGUUCCUUGUGCAAGCGUUUUAGCACAUUACACGCAACUGCUGGCAAAUUGUUGCCAUUUUUAUCAUAUCAUCUUGGAAUUAACCGACAAUCGAAUAGUAUUAGCAUAAUUUAUGUUGUUUGACAAUAGAUCUACAGACUAGAUAAACAAAACAGACGUGUAGCUACAGUCGUUUUAGAUUGAUGAUAGCUAAAUAUUGUCAAUUUAAAUACAAGAAUCAUCAUUGAUGCUGUAAAAUCGACGCCAUAUUUAUACAGCAAUAUAAGCUAAACUAACUGAACUUCAGACAUCAUUUUCCCUUUGGCGUACCAUCUAAAAUCUCUUCGUUUUAGCAUAAUUUGACAGAUAAAGCACUGAACAUAUACUUUUUAAGUUUGCUUGCCGGUUGAGAAACGUGUCUGAAAACUUUGAAAUUUGAAUAUACAGUCAUUACCAAAGUGGAAAAGUACAUUCAUUAUAGUUUUGAGCGCGUGUUACGUAACAUACAAAAGAUUCUCCCCUUUAAUAAUAAUUCCUGAACCGAACACUAACAUUUGCGCACGCGUACAUAAAUACUUCCGGGAAUACAAUUCAUCCGAUUCCGUGUGGACACAUUUCGUCUCGUCAUUAAUCCAGUUCCGUGUGAACAUGUAGAACCGGACGAAUUUGAGUCUGAAUUCAUCCAGCCCCAUGGCCAUGUGAAUGUAGAUCGAGAUGUAAUAUUUCAAAUCCUACUAUUGAGGACUGGACUAGAUUUCAAGUCCAGAUAAGAUUAGACUAGACUAGAUUUGAAGUCCAAGAUAGACAACUUGCAUGUUAGACCAAUUUUUGAAUUCCCGUAAGGCAUUUAUUAAAAUUAGUAAAAUUGCAAAAUUUGGUUACGAAAUGUUGUAAAAUACGGAAAAUAUAGCCUUGCGAAGUUUGCACAUUUUGUAUAUGUUCGUAUUACGUGCGGAAAUUUUUAGCAUUUUUGAGCCGAAAAUGGUAACAAUUUCCGCACGUAAUACAAUACAAAUUUGGAAACUUUGCAAGACUAUAUUUUCCAAGCUCUACAACAUUGCGCAACAUUUCAUUAUGUUCUUUUCAGCGGUGUUUGAUUCCCUUCUCUUUGCUUAGAUUAAAAUUUAGUCUAACAUGCAAGUUGUCCAUUUGAUCAAGUCCGAGGAGAAGCCGAGGACUGGGUCAAAAUGCGCGAGGACUUGAAAUCCGGUCCAGUCUGAAUUGAAGGAUUUGAAGCUGCCUCCUCCACAGGCCCUCGUUGUGUCAUGGGAAGGUCACGAUUUCGAGAGGGCCUGCGGAAUCUUGUAAAAUGAAUAAAUGUUGUUUUGAACCUGCUUUGUUAAAGAAAGCAGUUUUAUUCGUGCAACGUUGGUGUGGACAACAAACCUUAUCGUUAAACUUCCUUCCACGUCCUAAGAGUCGCCAGUUUAAUUUACAAGUUUCACACCGCUUUUUUAUAUCUGUUUAUAUUCACGAUAUGUAGAAAUUUACUUGCUGACGUGACGCCGGCGCCAUUUUUUUUACAAGAUUCCGCAGGCCCUCGCCAGAUCGUGACCUUCCCAUGACGCAACGAGGGCCUGCGGAGGAGGCAGGAUUUGAAAUGACAUCUCAUACGAAUAAGGGACUGGUCAUAAAGUAACUGCUAGGGUGGGCUGGAGGUAAAUCACAAAUUUUGCCAAUAAGUUCGGUGACCCAUCUUAGGAUGUAGAUAAAAAUUUCAAAGCCCAUCUAAUCUUACAAAAAAGUUUUCAUGACCCAUCCAAUCUAUUAAAUUGGGAAAAUACACUUUUAUAAUAAAAAAAAACAACUUGCAGGUAUGAACAUUGUAAAUAUACACCGGCACUGUUUUGACAUACAUAAUUCCACCAAGCUUGACCAACAUAUUCAUCACCAAUUACGAUACUGAGCUGCUCUCCAGUUGGUUGUAUUUGCUGUGAUUCGACCACUUUUUGUUGUUGUAUAAACAAAGUACUGGCUUCAAUAGGAUCAUUUGCAUUUGAUAAUUUGGAUAGUUUUGUUUACUUUUAUUAUUAAUAUCUUUAUUUUUUGAAGUAGACAUGCAUGGGUUUUUGUUUGGUGGCCCAACCGUGGACAUACAAAAAAUUUGGCGGCCCAUCGAAACUGCCCAAAGAUUUUCCAUGGCCCAUCCCAAAUCACUCCAGCCCACCCUAGCAGUUACUUUAUGACCGGUCCCUAAAUCACUACUUAAAGUGAGGUGAAUUAAUUUUGAUCCAGUCCUAGGACUGAAUUAGCUUUGAUGGAGGAGUCCUAGGACUGAAUCAAUAUACUUCACUGGGUAUCCAGUAUUAUCAUGUGAGCAAAAUAAAGCAAUAUGCUUUGGCUAAUUUACUCAUGAGUGAUGCAUUAUUAAUGAGUUUUGAAAUACCAAUGUAUGUUGUCCUGGGCAAAAUUUACUAAGUUGAGAAAGGUUUUACGAAAUUUCGUCUCCCCGCUUCAGGGUUUAUUUUAACGUGCAGUUCUACCCAAAAUGUGCAGUUCUAAACCCAUUUGUACAGUUUUUAAAACACAAAUGUGCAGUCACCAAACUAACAAAAAUAGCCUUAAAACAGUCUUCUCAUUUACUCGUUACCUUUGUGGAUGCUCCAGAAAAUUCCAGGGAUAAUAGAAUAGAAGGUAAAAUUGGGGCGAGUGAAGCUCCCAAAAGAGAUUGGAGUGGGAGAACCUAAUAUUCUUUGCUGCCUGAAAUGCAAAUUUAAGGUUGUUAUAUAUUGAAUAUCCGUGAUUCCCAGUUACAUGUUUCGAAACUGUUUUUGUGAGUGGUUGGGUAAAACAAAUCUUUGCCAGAACUUAAGAGCCUCUAGAUUCAAAUUGUUUUGGGGAAUACCCACCCUCCCUAGCUCCCGCACCCAAAUUCUCCCACCAAACCACACCAUUAUUCUGUCACUUAUGCGCAGGUAAAAAAUCCUUUGACCCCCCCCCUGCCCCCAGUCAAACACACGUUGCUUUCGUAACAUCCCUAUAUGUGCAGUUCUAAAUUCUUCUUAAAAUAAACCCUGCCCGGCUUGAUAAAAGAUCCGUGGUAACCAUAUAGACUAUAUACACACUACCAUGAAGACUCCAGUUGGUCAAUAAUCAGUAUAUUAAAAGUUUGAAUGUAAAUAUUAGCUUAUUACAUGUAAUUGUUUUCGUUCAAAAAUGGUUGGUUUGAAAAGCCACUAAUUUCCUAUUCCUUGUUUGAAAUAUGCGGGUUAGUGUAGUUUUCAUAAGUAUACACUCAACUAGCUGGUGUUUCUUUCGAAAGAAUAUAUUAACACAAUGGGAUACAGGCGGAUUGGGAAUUGGGAGAAUGCUCCCUCGAGACAAUCUUGAAUGUUUGGACCCUUAGAGAGUCCGGAAAUGCAACUAAUAUAUGGCAUUCUUAGCCUAUGUGUUCACUUUUAACAUCCAAGUUUGUGUGUCAGUGUUUUUGGUAUACCUGAAUAUCAUGAGCUUAAAUCACUUAGAAAUGUACCUUAAAUUACUCAAAAACUAUUAUCGGGGGAGGGGGAUGUUAUCCCCCCCUCCCCUACACCUCCCGGUCGCUACGACUUUGACCUUUGCCAUUAAAUUUGAGCUGGUUCAAAGUUUUGAUGACCGUUGAUAUCCAGUCAGCUCUCAUUAACUCUCAUGCAAUUCUUGUUCCCGUUUGACUGGGGAGUUGAGGAGUCUCGUGGAUGUAAAUUUCUUUCCAGUAUCGUCAGGUGACUCUCGAUAAAUAUAUAUGCAAAAUCUUAAAUUCCAAUUGGAUAUUAAUAACAAAAAUAUGAUAAUCCCUAUCAAACAAACUCAAUGGGGCAGCAAGCAAACACUGAGUUCUCCACAAGAGGUCAUAGCAGUACAUGGACACUUUAUUGUGCAACUAAAAAUCAAUUUCAAUCGCUCAGUGCAUGAAUAUAUAGCUGGAUUGUCCUAUAUGCGUGGACUCUAACUGUGCCCAGUUGUUUUGGAUGUUUUUAUUAGCUUGGGCUAGUCUUUGCGUACUGCAAGGGAUUGAAGAUUUUUGGUAAACUAUCGACAGGUAUGAAUGUUGUUUAAGAUAUCUUAGGUUUAGCUUUGGUUGAUCAGGCCUGCCAUGAAUAUUGCCUUUUAAUUGGUUAAGACAUGGUAUACCAAAAGUGUUGAAUUCGUGUUUUUUGCGCUUUUCUCUAUAUAUACAGUAUCUACUCUGUCUGACUCGUGCGAACCUACAGUAGCAUGAAAAGCUGUGUGUAUCUUUUUAAUACUGUAUUUGUACACAUGCGAUUCGGUUGUUGUAAACUUAGGACUUGAUUUCAAUUUAGAUGUUAAUUUGGCCUACAGGAAAUAGCGGUGUAAAAAUAAUUAUAUAUGGGAACAGGGUAUAUGAUAUUCAAAAACAAUAGGUAGAUUUGUAUCCCUCCACAUCACAAACUUUAGUUGUCAUAUAAGCAGAGUGCCAUGUACCCCUGAUGUUCAAAUAUCCUAUAGAAAAUUAACAGGACAUGCACAUAUAGAUAUUUAUAUAUAUCAGUUGGGAGAUUUUGUUAAUUAGACAAUAUAUAGAUAUUUAUCCUACUUUAGCACGAUCCUAUUUGAUUCCUAUAAUCAUAUAGCAUCACUAUUAUGCUCAUUUAUUAUAAAAAGACGUUGAAAUAGCCUAUGGCUAUAUGCUUUAAUGCAAAACAAAUUGUAUUAAUGCAAAUAAUGCUUAAGAGAUAGUCACUAAUCAUAUAGCAUCUUUAUAUUGGCUUUUUACUAUAUGCAUUCCUGCUUCCUUUAAUGCUAAAAAAUUGUAUUAAUGCAGGCAAUGCAGCUUAAAAGAUAGUCCCUAAUCAAUAAUCAUAGCAUCUUUAUAUUGGCCUUUUACUAUGGAUUUCUGCUUUCCUUAUUGACUGCAAAACAAAUUGUAUUAUUUAAGAGAUAGUCCCUAUCAUAUGGUAUUUUUAAUACUUUGUAUGCUAUUUUUCAAUGGAUUCCUGUAGCUUUAUUUCAUUGCAUGGUUGGUAUCAGAGUUCGAGUUUUCUAAUGCCUUUGUGAUUUAGAUAGUUUAAUAUCAUAUACUGUGGCGUGUUGCUAUGCGGAGUCGUGCUGGGUAGACGUAAUCUUAGGGUUUGGGAAGCCAACAUUCCUUUAUCAAUCAGAGACGCUACCUUAAAGUUACAGCAUUUUAGCCAACGGGAUGUGGAACGGCGUUCUAGUUUGUUACAUUACGUUAUAUGCAGUUAAAAUCUUUACAGGCGUUUUAUCUCAGUGGAUAUGUUAAAAUCACUCAUAGUCAUCUCAAUAUAUAGAACCGUAUUUUGUUUUGGAGAUUAAAGGAUUUUUUUUGCUCAAAAAAAUGUCGGUCUACAUAUGCAGACAAUCAAGUCCAGUGGAAGUUGAUCUUAUUGACAUAACUGUAUCACUACGUUUCAAGGAUCAGGGAGAAGCGAACAGUUCUUCUGUAAGGGUAUUUAAACGCAUGCCAGUUUAUAUUGGUGGAUUUCACUGAGCACUAUAUUGUAGCACAUGGUUGUCAAUUGGCAUUUAUCAGAGCGAGAAAAUUAUGUUUAUUCUUUUCAUUAUACCUUUUAUUUUUUUAAAUGUAUUUCAAUAUUUCAAUGGCUUUUUCUAGCUGUGAUAAUGGAUCUUGCGUAGAUUAAAAUUAAGUUUAUAGCUGCAUGGAUUGCUCCAAGCUGGCUACAGACGAGCACAUUUUCUAUGACAACUUUUCACCUGGCUAGUUUUGUUUGUGAAUUGCACGUGUAUUUGGUUAGGACAAAUUUUCUAUGAUACGUUUUUGGUUUUCUUGCCACGAUAACUUUUCUAACAAUAUGACCAACUGCAUCCAAGUUCUCAAAAUGACUUUGCCAAACGUUAUUUGUUAACCCAUACAAACGAACAAAAUUUGUACUUGUUUUCUGCUGGCAUACCAGCUUUUAAACAAGUGUACAUGUCAUAGACAUAGUAAAAAUUGGAAACGUUGGCUUUGGAUCUUUAGUCUGGACUAGAACACGCCAACAAACAAUAUAUUGAGAGACUAUGAUUGGAAAACACUAAAACAAAUCUAUUUAGAAUCGCUAGCGAAACUGGUCCAUAAAAUUUAUUACCAAAUUGUCCCGACAGCUAUGGCUGAUGCUGAUUUAUUGCAAAACAUACAUCGGGGUAUAAUUUAAGGGAACUAAAUUGUCUAACUCUAAUCUGAAGUUAUGAAGAAGUCAAUUAGUUAUAAGGGAUCAGUUUUGUCAGUGGAACAAUUUGCACAAUGUCAAUGAGACAAAAGUAAUUGAAAACAGUAGACAUUUUUCGAAAGCUAUAACUAAUGAAGAACUAAGAGAAUCGAUGUUUUAGCUGAAACUCUAUAUAACUUAAAUAUUUUAUUAAUUAGAUAGAUGCUUGUUGUUAAAUAGAUAUAGAUUAGUGUGUUUAGAUAUUGUAAUCUUUGUUAUUCACGACCCUAUCAGCCUUAGCUGAAUCUUUCAAUCGUGAUUAAAUAAGUGCUUCAAUCAAUAAAAAAAAAUGUCAUAUGAAAACUUCCCAUAGAAUACGUGCAUCGUCUGGAAUCGGCUUAAAUGUCAACAGUUUUGCAGUUGUCCACUAUCUGCCUCCCUGUAACUCGACACAAUCCUUUGUGUUGACAUUACUUUGUUACUACGUUUCCAGGAUCAUAGGAGAGACAUCAGCACUCCAGUGGAUCAUACGAGACAAGCAAGCAGUCCAGUGAGAAAUCAUACUGGACACAACACCAGUCCAGUUACAGUGGUGAUCAAGAGACCAGAUUCAGAAGAAAGAUAUAUCCGAGAGGAUGACGCCGCGGGAUAUGAGAGGAUAGAAGAUAUUAAACCUGGCAAAGGACAGGAGGAUGUUGAUAUGAAGGAAGUUGAAGGAAAUGGAAUGACUGACGAAGAAUUCCUGAACAGGUACAGUCCAGUUGACCAUCUUUGUUUGGUUAACUUACGAAAAAAUCUAUUCCAGGCACAACAACUACGGCAACUUACUGUGUAGAAUACGGUAUCCAAAGUGGGGGUAUCAUAACGUUGGACAUUAUUCCACUGUAAGAAUAUCUCAAAUGUGGUGGUCCAAUGUAGUUAGUAUCCUACAAUAAGCUGUCGUGGUUUGUGUCUGAACUACGUGAAAAGAUAUCUCAAACGUGGUGGUCCAGUGUAGGUAGUAUUCUGCAAUAAACUGUCGUGGUUUGUGUCUGAACUACCUGAAAAAGAUAUCUCAAACGUGGUUGUCCAGUGUAGGUAGUAUUCUACAAUAAGCUGCCGUGGUUAGUGUCUGAACUACCUGAAAAAGAUAUCUAAAACGUGGCGAUCCAGUGUAGGUAAUAUUCUUCAAUAAGAUGCCGUGGUUUGUGUCUGAACUACCUGAGAAAGAUAUCUCAAAUAUGGUGGUCCACUGCAGGUAGUAUUCUUCAAUAAUCUGCCGUGGUCUGUGUCCGAAGUACCUGAGAAAGAUAUUUCAAACGUGAAGAUAUAGUGUAGGUACGAUUCUACAUUAAGCUGCCGUGGUUUGUGUCUGAACUACCUGGAAAAGAUAUCUCAAACGUGGUGGUCCAGUGUAGGUAAUACUCUUCAAUAAGAUGCCGUGGUUUGUUGUCUGAACUACCUGAGAAAGAUAUCUCAAACGUGGUGGUCCAGUGUAGGUAGUAUUCUGCAGUAAGUUGUUGUUUAUGCCUGAACUAUACCUGAAAAUAUAUCUCAAACAUGAUGGUCUAGUGCAGAUAGUAUUCUUCAAUAAGCUAUCGAGAUAUCAUCAAAGUGAAUUAAAUAAAGCCCUGAACAACUGUGGAAACAAGACCUUGUAUUUCCCAAUAUUUUCCCAAGUUUAUAUAAAAUUCUACUUAAAUGCAGUACUCUAAUUUCAUUCAUUAUUAAUAUUGCCCAUGCAAUAUUGCAUGGUCUUACUUAAAUUGCAUCUAAUUAAUGAAAUCAACAACUCUUUGGGAGACUCGUUUGAAAAACAAAGAAAGAAUGAGUACAUUUUAAGUGGAAUAAUUGAAGAAAUCGUAUAUUCAGCUGCUAUAUUGAGAACUAAAAUAAUAUUUCAUUACCGCAAUUGUCUUCGACUUUGUAUAGCCUAUAUACCGGACAAAACCCAACUAUUAAAAAAUGAUCAUAGCAUUGUUUUAUAAAAAUGUUGUGUAUAGAUAUAGGCAAUAAAAGCACUGAAUUGUUUUGAAAUCUUAUUGAUCACGUGUUUAGUUUACUAGUACUAUCAUUGAGCUCUAUAUAAAAAAACACAUUGAAAUUAAUACAACUGGAACGCUACGCUAUCCCAGUCUUUUCACGCAUGCGAAGAGCCCUUAAUCAGUCAAUCAUCAUAUAUAAUUAGCUAAGCACGCGUGUCUGGGGUUCAAGAUUUGGCUUAGGCAGGCAGUAGCGUUCCAGUUAUAUUCAUUUCAAUGAUAAAAACAAAAAAGACGUAACCGCUGUCACGGUAUGAUUCGCAAUGACUCGUCAUCAAAAUGCUGUUGCCAUGUUCCUAGCCAGUGCGGUUAUGAGAGGCAUUCACCCCCCUGAAUGUCUGCCUUUUUGAAUAUUUUCAGGGGGUGAACGCCUCUCAUUGGCGCACUCGCUAGGACCAUGGCGACAACAUUGCAACAAUGAUUGCAACGGUUACGCCAAAAUGAUACGCAAAACCAAGAAGUUGACCUUUUGUAAAGCCUGGUUUCCAUAUGAUCGUAAAAAUUGAGUCAUGAUCUUUCUCAACGGCUAGUUUAUAAUAGCAGGUGAUCUCGUGUUCGUAUUUUAGCCAAUCAGCGUUCAGAAAGGGGUGUCCGAAUAGAAAUCCAUUUUGAUGUAUUCAGUCAAUUAUAUCUUCCGUUAUUCUUUAUGAAACUAGUUGAAAUUUUGUAAUUAUGUUUGGCUAUGAGAACUAUAGCUCGGACAAAAAUAUGGAAUCGAAAUAGAGUAUAUUACAGGAGAUAUUCAGUUGUUUUAAUCAUAAAAUGGAUUUCUAUUUGACAACUAGUGCCAGUACUUUUCCGCGUAUCAAGAUCAUCUGGUAGUUUACACCUAUAAACCACAUAUAAAUCAUAAGUAUUCUCUAGUUAUAAUCACUCCGCGUAUUUUCAGUUCUAAAAUGUUGUAUUUCGGCUGAUGAGAAAGAUCGUGACUCAAUCUUUACGACCGUUACGACAUGGACAUUGGCAAAAUGACAAUACAAAAUUAGUUUGUCUCAUUUAAAAAAACUCUUAAAAUUAUACUGUAUAUUAAACUCUAUUACCGAUUUGUCAUAUCUUGCUUAAUUCUCGAAAUAUUUAGUCAGACCGAAAUUAAUGAGCUGUUCGCCAUUUUGGACUAAUUCUUGACCUCAUUAACUAUGGAUUUGAUGACGUAAGGAGUUGGGUUAACCAUAUAAAACUAUUCUAAAAUGACCGAGUAACAAUCCACAAUCGUUUGAAACGUUUUUAAUCAUUUCUAAAUUUCAGACAGUAACCAGAAACGAAGUUUUGGACCCAUAUUGAUCGCUUACUCUCAAGAUAAAAAAUUAGCGUGACCCCUCUCUUGACGUAUCAUGCAUAUCCUCAAUAAUCCAAGAUGGCGAAGAGCUCACUUUUUUCAGUCGAAGUAUUUUGAAAACUUAUAGCAAGAUAUAAACAAUUUGUAAUAGAGUUUAAUAUUUAUCACUUAUUUACUGAGACCUCGGGAAACAGUGUGUUUUGUGGACCACAAAACAAAUAAGUGUUUUGUUAUAUAGUAAUAUAAGUGUCAAAGUAUGAAUAAUUCACCGGUUAUUGGAGUGAACUUUGAAACCAAAACUAGAUAAAUGGAAUACAUAAACGUUAUUAAAAAAGUUUAAUAAAAUGAACUUUGGAACUUCACGGUUGACGCGCAUGCGCACUGUACCUUUCUAUUACUGACCGGUCAAUAAUUGUUUCAUUGUACUAAACUAUUUUUUAUUGCCAAUGUCCUUUAAAUUUCCUAUUCUGUGUAUAUAUGGAGCUCGCUGACUACAAUCGUGCAUAAAUGGUACUUAUAAACAAUAGUACUGUGUUCCAACUUUAUUGAAUUCACUCAUUUGCCUGUUGCCAUCUGUUUUCCCCGUGCAGUGCGCUAUGCACAAGUUGUGAACAGUUUUGUGACAGCUUGUUACAGCUGAACAAUGUUGUAAACAAGGAUAGUUCAUUAGUAGUACAGCCCUGUUCACGUCAGCCAAUAUUAACCGCGAACAGAUUGUGCGUUAUAAUUGUUCCGCGUGUAGAGAUUAUAUCAAAAAAACAUCACCAUUUCUUAUUUGUCUUUCCAGCUACAAACCGAUUCCAGAUAAACCGAAAGAUCUAGAGAUCAGUCCUGCAUCGAGUCCGACAACAAGCCCCACUGACACUAUGAAGAAAACCAAGCUAUCUCCAGCCGAGCGUGGACCCGCAGUUCUUAAUGAACUCAUUAAUGGCAUCAGAACUAUGAAGUAAGUUCAUUAAUUGAAAAUUAAACUUGGUUGCCAUUUAGGCUGUUUUAAUGAGUACAUUUUGCUUGGAAGUUCGUCCGAGUGGCAUGAAUCAUUUCUGUAUCCAUUUGACUGUAUGUCCCGCCUAGGUGCCGGUGGGACGACAUUAUAUAAAUAUGGCGUCUUUUAAAUAUUUUUUGUUGUAAUUAAACAAACUGCAGCUUGUAUUAUGAUUUCAAGCGUGUCUGUCUAGGCUAUUAAUGUUUGUAUACAGGGUGUAUAAAAAAAGAGACCUUUAGAAAUCAAGCAUAUUGUUAAAAUUUGAAUGCGUGAAAUAAUGAUGGGGUGCAUAUAUUAGAAAAAGGAGACCUUUAGAAUUUGAAAUAACGUUUAAACAAAAGAUUGUCUGCUUCUGGGAACAAUCUGCCAUGCAUACUGUACGUAGGGCGCAUGUUUAAUACGCACUCGUGGGCUUAGCAAUUAUAACAAAUUAUUUUCAAAUUAUAACAAUGGUUGAUUUCUAAAGGUCUCCUUUUUCUAAUAUAUGCACUCCAUCAAUAUUUCACGCACCACGGUUCAGCAUAUGUGUAAUUGAAAAGGCAUUCAAAUUUUAACAAUAUGCUUGAUUUCUAAAGGUCUCCUUUUUUUAUACGCCCUGUAUAUUUUCCGACUAUGCGCUUUGAUACUAUAUUAUGAGUCAAAAUCGGCAAAAAAUGUUCAUCCCAGACCCAGUCACGUGGGAUGAAGCCUUUAUAUGGAAAAUUUUAUUCCACUUUAUUCUCAUAUAUGAACACAAAUUUUAUGUGCGUUAACAAAGGGCAUGUAGAUCUAAAGGCGGAUUUCCAUUCAGUGCAAAAUGUUGCGCGAUCGACGUUUUGCGAUCACUUUCUUCUGAAAUACAAGCAGGUUGACUGAACACAUUUCAAAAGAAAUUGAUCACAAAAAGUAGGUCUCGCGACGUUUUGCACUGAAUGGAAAUCGGCCUUCACUCAGGUGAGUUCACGGUUAGCUAGACUCAUGUGAACAGGCCCUAACUUCAGUCAGAGAUUUCAUGUGCGACAGGCUUGGGGCCUGUUCAUAUGACUAAACGAGCCCAUUCUCGUCCACGCUCGUUGAAAAUUAGGCUCUGGGUUAGACGACUAAAGGAAGAGAUCUGAUUGGCUUCUCAGAGAACUGCUAUUUCCCAAAAGUUGAGCAGUUUUCGCUAGGCAAAAUUAUUCUAUCAAAAUAUGUCAACACAAAUACUUCGUUUCCUCAUGAUACUUCUCUGUGACAAUUGUCACGCUUGCUAAAGCGUCCCAAUUCAAGAGACUUUCUUGCACUUCCGGUUCCGUGUAUCCCGGCCAUUCUCAGGGCCUAUGAAGGUCGCGCGCGGCUGAGAGGCCCUGGGAACGAGGAUGAUGCGAACCGCAUCGUCCCCAGGGCCUCUUGGCCGCGCGCGUCCUGCCUCCUCCGCAGGCCCUCGUUGCUUCAUGGGAAGGUCGCGCACAAUCUGGCGAGGGCCUGCGGUAUCUUGUAAAAAAAAAUGGCGCCGGCGUCACGUCAGCAAAUGAAUUUAUACAUAAUCUUGAAUAUAAACAGGAUAUAAAAAAGCGGCGUGAAACUUGUAAAUUAAAAUGGCGACUCUUAGGACGUGGAAGGAAGCAUAUUUUAACGAUAAGGUUUGUUGUCCACACCAACGUUGCACGAAUAAAACUGCAUUCUUUAACGAAGCAGGUUUAGAAUAACAUUUAUUCAUUUUACAAGAUUCCGCAGGCUCUCGCGAAAUCGUGACCUUCCCAUGACACAACGAGGAGGCAGGCGCGCGUCCACUCUAGGCCCUUGGGACACAAGGAACCGGAAGUGCAAGAAAACAUGCGGUAGUUUCUAAAGCACACGCUCUUUAAUUGGGAGCACCCGUAACAAUUUUCACAACGAAGUAUUUGUGUUGACAUAUGUUGAUAGAAUUAUUUUGCUUAGCGAAAACUGUUCCACUUCUGCGAAAUGGCAGUUCUCUGAAAAGGCAAUCGGAUCUCUCCCUUUAAAUCGUCUAACCCAGAGCCUAAUUUUCACCGAGUGACCGAGUGAAAAUGGCUCUGGGGACGAGAAUGGGCUAACCUGAAAACUCACCUGCACGAGAUAUACAUGUGCUUGUUAACGCACAUAAAAUUCAAUAUGUGUUGAUAUGAGAAACGAGCCCGGCUAGAUUUUGCCUUGCGCUAGGUGGGAUCUCAGUCACGUGAAGUGGAAUGAAAUUCCCCAUAUGAAGGAUUUAUCCCAACUGACUGGGAUGGAGAUUUUUUUGCCGAUUUUGACCUAUAAUAUAUAGAACGGCACAAUUGGAAAAUAGAAACAAAAAAUAAACAUUAAUAUACCUAAACAGACACGAUUAACUAUUUGAAUGAUUUGGAUUAUUGCACUUCACUUGGUGGAAUUAGUAGGUUCAAUUCCUACCAGAGGACCUUGUGCUGCAUUUUCGCAGUCGUUCCUGGUUAGGUCUUAAAAUGUAUAUAUUCCACUUGGAUUACAAACCCUGACAUUCUACUAUUAGCUAUUACAUGUAAAGUCGUAAUACAAGGUGCAGUUGUUUAAUUAUCCUUUCUCACGCCCCCAUUUUUUGGGUGGCUUUCCAGCCGUAGUCUGCGAGAUAAGUCCGUAUAACAGUGACUUUUUUAUAAUUUUUUUGACGAAUGAUGGUAAAUUUGCUUUGUAAAUGGUUAGGUUUAUUUUCAAAAAUUACUUGUCACAUUGUUUUAAUUGUCUGCGUUGGUUAACGAGAAUUGGAUGCCACCCAAAAAUGGCAAUUCGUCAUCGUGGGAGAGGCUAAAUUACAGCAAAAAAAAAGAUUGCUCGAAGACGCCAUGUUUACAAAUGAUGUCAUCCUACCGAGGCGGGACAUUAUGUUGGAUAAAAACACUUAUUGAACACGGAAAUAAUCCAACCCACUCAGGGGCUUCCAGGAAUACCUGGUUCAUGUGAACAAAACCUUAUAGGGCUAGUUUUUGUAAAGAAGGUUGUGGCUGUGUACAUAUUCAGAGCCUGAAAUAGAGACCUUACGAUUUUAGGACGGCAACGCGACGUCCAAAACAAACUACUCCUUCAAAUAAAUGGUAGUAAAGAUAGUUCGUGGUAUAUUAUCAAUCGUAUGAAUUUAAUACAGUUUUAGAAGUCGAAGACAUGGGUUUUAUGGUUGGGAAGAGUUCUGCUAAACCCUGUUUGAAGUUGUACUUGUUGCGGCUUGGAAUGCAGCCGUUGUAUCAAGACGUGAAAAUCUGUGAUUUUAAUGCAGCCGUUGUAUCAAGACGUGAAAAUCUGUGAUUUAGCGUUGUAAACAGAGCGAGGACAAUGUCUAAAUUAUUCAUAUAUUGUAAUUACUCAAUUCUUUUCAAUGAUCUAUUGUAUUGGUAGCCGUUGCCGUCCUAAAAUCGUAAGGUCUCUAAUAACGGUAGUACAUCGAACAUUUUCCGACCAAAUGCCAAAUUGGUCGGACAUUUUGUCCGGGCAAAAAAUAGCAAUCAACCUUCUUGAGAACCAUAAGCUGCAUGCAAUCCUCCCGCAUUAUGUAGAAGAUUGAACUUUACUUGGCUAGUGUAUUAAAGUUACAUAAAGUGUUAUUCACUAUAUAUUGGCUUAAUUUACCCAACGAAGGCAUGAAAUCAAAAUGGAAUCGAAAAAAUUCCCGACCAAGUUUUGAAAGUUUCCGAUCAAAUUUCAUUUUGGUCAGACAUUUUUCCGGACAAAUUUUGAGCGUUAUCUCAGGCCCAAAUCACAAUUCUAUAUAUGGAUACUCUACAUAAUAUUGCGGCCAUAAAAGCAGAUUUUGCGCAAUAUGUCGUUGCCAACUAUUAUAACACUUUAACAGGAUGCCAGUAAUAUUGAACCACUUUGUUCAUGAAAGAAAAGGCUUGGAUUUAUAAGUAUUUAGAUAGGCAAUACAUAAACCACAAAAAUUACAAUAUGUAGGUAACAAAAGUCUUCUAAUUUUAGACAAGAAAUGUCAUAUAAAGCGAAGGAACAGUCUGGGAAUUCGGAUGUCUUUCCAACCAGUCCGACAAGUGAUAAAUCAUCUUCGUCUCUUUCGCCGACUUCCACAUUGUCUCGAGGGAAACGUAAACAUAGGAAGGGCUCAGACAGAGGAUAUGGCUCGACGAAUUCGAGUUUAUCGGAGUCAGGUAGGCUUGAUUUAUAUACUGUAUUGAUCUGUGUUUCUGUAUGUGCUUUAUCUUUGGAUCUGUAUGCUAUGUUUUCACGCCGGAGGCCUAUAAAGUAUAGUUGCAGCAUUUUCACGUCUGUCAGGCGUACCGUCUGGGGGCCUCUGUAAUUGUGUGGGAAUUUUGUACUGCAGGCAAAUCACUAGCCUGCGCGCAGACUAUAUAAUGACGCAGGCAGGCAAAUCACUUGGCUCGAUGGGUUAAGGGGGAACCUUCCCAUCCGCCUCAUGUGCCGAACGCAUUAUAAACAAUAGAUAAUGAGGCAUUUCAGCUGAUUAUCUAUUACUUAACUCGUCGAAUAGAUGAUUUCACCUGUUGACUAAAUUUUGAUCUAGGGAAGCCUCACAUAUCGAUUUCGUCCAUGAGAAACGUCAUAUGUUCGUUUCUCUGGAGACCCCCCCCCUUAGAAACGUCACACAUAGUUAUCGAUAUUUUGUUCAAUAUAGUACAUAAGGUAAUUUUCUACUAUUUUCUACGGUCGGCUAUUGGCGAUGCUUCCGCGAGAAAUAUGUCAUCUUCUGCUGACAUAUCUUUUUUUAUUAAUAUAUAUGAACUUCAAAAUUUCCAACGUUUCUCAAAACAACUUUUUUUUGCAUGAAAUAUUGAUAAUUUUAGCGCGGUUUUCUUGAAAUUUGAGUGUUUUCAAUGCAAGGAAGGCGUAAUAAUAUAAAUGUAUACGUGUAGAACAGGUAUGGUAUAUUACGAAUGUAGGCCUGCUGGUGUUUGUAUCAAGUUGUUUUCUUUUUUCUACUCUGCAAAGAUGAUUUCGAAAUGUUAAGGCUUUCGAAAAAACUAUCGAAUUUUUCCAUGAUAUUUACAGAGAAACGUCACAGCUGCAAACCCCCCACCCCCAAACGAACAUAUGACGUUUCUCGUGGAAAAAAUCGAUAUGCGAGGCUUCCCCUAGACAAGAAGAUUCUGAACAAAAUCCAUCAGCACAGCUAGAAAGAGCAUGUUAAAAUUAGUAAAAUUGCAAAGUGUGGUUGCGAAAUGUUGUAAAAUGCGAAGAAUAUAGCCCUGCGAAAUUUCACUUUCGGCCCAAAUUUGCAAAUUUCGCAGGGCUAUAUUCUUCGCAUUUUACAACAUUUUGCAAUCAAGCUGUCCAUUUUUACUAAUUUUAACACGCUCUUUCUAGCUGUGGUGAUGGAUUUUGUUCUUCUUGCCUAGAUCAAAAUUUAGUCUAGAGCUAGAAUCAUCCAUUUCAGUCGCGUCGAAUGCAAUUCAAACAAUAGAUAAAAGAAGCUUAAGGUUACUUCACACGAUGAACGUGCGUUAUAGUCUAUUGGACAUUGCGCAACGAAUUUUAGGUGUAACUUUACCAAAUUUUCAGUGAAGAAAGCCAGGAAAAGGGUGAUUUCGAAAAUUUUCAUUUGAUCGGUGUUCUGUUUAAACAUUUUCAGUAUUGGCUGACUGAGUAAAUAUGUAGGUACCUUUAUAAAAAAAUCAAAGUAUGUUUAUAGUUUAUCUCAACGUUUGUCCAGAUAUCGCAAUUCGAAUCUUCAUAGGCAUGGUAAUUAGGCAUAGGAUUUGUCACUGAUAAUUCACGAAGUUGUCAAAGAAAACGUCAUAUCAGAAAAACCAUUGAAGAAGAGAAAUUUUCCGCACUCGUUUUUUUACCGUACCUAUGAAGAUUCAAAUCGAUAUAUGUAGACAAACGUUUAGGUAAACUAUAAACAAAUUUUGAUUUUUUUGGGACUGGCCUAUGUAUUUCUUUAGUCAGCCAAUACUGGACAUGUUUAAACAGCAGAACACCCAUCAAAUGAAGAUUUCCGAAAUCAGCAUUUUAUUGGCUUUCUUCACUAAACAUUUGGUAAAGUUACACCUAAAAUUCGUUGCGCCAUAUUCAAUAGACUAAAACGCACGUUCAUCAUGUGAAGUAACCUUAAUGAGGUUUAUCAUGUCAUUAUCUGUUGUAUUAAUUGCAUUCGACGCGACCAAAAUUCGACGUAUAAAACGGGCCUCAGAAAAUGUGGACGGCAAUUUUGUAACUGUGGGCGAAAAUUUAACUUUUUCUUACAAUGAGCUUAUUAGACUAGCUACUAUUGUCAAUAAAAAUGUUAAAUUUCAAGUUCACCUAUACCAAAUAUAAUCUGAAUCAAUAGAAAGGUUGCAAUAAAUCCAUUUGGAGUUAUAUGUGUGGUUAAAUCUGCUAAAAAUAGCAUUUUUCCAAUUUUUUCGUUAUUUUCCACACUUGAAGUGUAAUAACUAUACGAAGUUCUUUUUGGUGAACUUGAAAUUUUACAUUUUUGUUGAAUAUGAAUUGGACCAGUUUUAUGAAUAAACGUUCACUAACAAAUGAGUGUCACAGCCAUCUUUCCUUCGAUAGGCCAUGGUAAAACCCACCUAUACCGUUCAGCUAUUUCCAUUUUACGAACUACCUAUUAGAAUAGUGAAUAGACCUUUCCCCUUUUAAGUGAAAUUUUGAUCUAGACAAGUCUGGACAAAAAUUUCAUCACAGCUUGAAAGAGCAUCACAAAAUUAGUAAUAUUCCAAAGUUUUGUUGCAAAAUCUUGUAAAAUGCGGAUAAUAUGGCCUUGCGAAGUUUGCCGUUUUUCAGUCAUUUUGUAUUACAAUAUUAUUACAGUAUUUGUAAUACAAAAUGACUGAAAAACGGCAAACUUCGCAAGGCUAUAUUAUCCGCAUUUUACAACAUUUUGCAACGAAACUUCGGAAUAUUACUAAUUUUGUGAUGCUCUUUCAAGCUGUGAUCCAGACUUGUCUAGAUCAAAAUUUCACUUAAAAGGGGAAAGGUCUAUUGGGCGUGGGAGGGAGGGGGGGGGGAGUUUUUUGCCAUGGUUUGCUUUCGUGUUGUGAUAUAUUUUUACUGCCACUUUCUGGUUGUAUGGAUUUUUGUUCAGAAAUGUUUUGCUUGUUUUAAUUUUUCCGUGCCCCCCUUGACUUUUCCAAUGGUCCGCCCAUUGUAUUUCACAAUCGUAAUAAACUAUAUAUAUAAAAUUUAAUAAUGGUUAAUUAAUUCAGACUUCCGGUCUAUUAAGACUAUUAACAUUAUAAUCUCCUUGAUCACAAAAGCACAGCAUUCUGAGGUCAAGAGCUAUAGAAUGAAAAUUGCACCCCUGCCAUGCGGUAAAUUGUUGAUGUAGGUUUGAAAAGUCUAGAAACGGUUUGAUCAAGUUUAAACAUUUGCCUUAAACGUUUCAGAAUUUGGGUAAAAUUAUUAAGUGACAUAUAUGGUUUGAACGCAUGUUAUACAAUGGGAAACAACCGCUCUCGUCAUAAUUUGCGGCUCAUUUGUAAUCCUUGCUUUGUUCUUCAUUAUUUACCAUGCAUCUACGCCUGAUUAAUAUUGUGGCAUUAUAGAAUAUAGUCAAAUAAAGUGCAUAUAUGACUUGAAUGCAUGUUAAUUAUACAACGAGAAAAGCAUCACUGUAAUAUAAAUAAGCUCUAUAAUCUUUGCAAUAUUUUUACUAUUAAGACAUAGUCAUAGAAAUAUAAAAAAAAAUAGUUUGUAAUAUGAAAUCAAUUACCAAAAAGAAUUCAUGAUUUCUCUAUGGCUGACAGCCAACUAUGAAAUCAUCAUAUCAACUCAAUAGCUGACGAAAUAUGAUGGAGUUUUGACAUAAUAUUCAACGCCGUAACGUCAUAACGCUGAUACUGUAGGAAAAAAAAUUGCAUCUCAGUGAUCCAAUGUAAUAAAAAAAUGCUGCACGUAUAUGUCACGCCAUGCCAAUCAGCCAAUGACAGCUGCCGAAGGAAUGAGGAACAACCAGCUUCUUUAUACAACCGGCUGCUGUUUCAUCUUUUAAAUAAAUCAAUUAUUGAAUUCGGUUUUCGCAUGACAUGAUGAAUUACAGUAUCAAGGCCUCAUGCAGUAUGUGUUUACCAACCUCAGCCUUCGGCUUCGGUUGAAGACUCAAAGCUUGAUAAAUAAUCGAGACCAUUUCAAAUUAUAAUUCUAUUUCCUUUUCCAGAAUAUAAAACGUAUAAAACAUGAUUAUUUAAGCAAACUUUCUUGCAUUCCGAAGGUCUAUAUUUUAUUCCCACUUUUCAUAAACUUUUACAAGAUAUUUUACUUAAAAAAUUAUUGUUUUCAUUGUGACAUGACAAACACUCGAGUGAUUACGCAUAUUCAUUUGUAAGACAAUAUGCGUGACUGAAAUAUGAUUAAAAAAGCUUUUUUUUCUUUCGAGGGAACAUAAUUUGCAUAAAAGUCGGAUAAAUAAUUGUGUGGGCCUGUAAUUAAAGUGUUUUCGACCAGAAUAGCAACGUUGGAAAGGUAUAUUUAGUAGAGGCCCGUGAGAUUUUGAGAAUUAACGAAGAAGUGCUGAGUCUGGACAAGUAGCGCGGUAGCAGUGUUUAUUCAGACUUGGUAUUAAGGAAGUGAGCAACACACAAGUUUUCGUCAACUAUUUUCUCGUAAUUUCUCCGACAUACGGAAACAAAAGCAAACAAUUCGACUCGAAGGACCGAAGGCUUUACUAUAAACAUUCGAGAAUAUUUCACGCACGUUCUAAGCGAUUAAUAUCGGGAUUAAAAUCGUCAUUUGCCACGAAGAAAGAUGACUACAAUGAAGGCAAGCGAUUCCCUUGAUGAUUUACUUCAGAAAAUUCGUCUCGCUACUCGAAAUUCUUACACCUUGGACGUUGAUACUAAUAUUUGUCCUCAUUGUGGGAAUAAAAGGCAUUCAAAUCCGUAUGCCAACCUGAAAGGCUUGUCUGGAAUAGACACAAAUGGCAUUGAAGGUACUUUAUAGUUUUAAAUUUUGACUUUGUGCUGGGAUAAAAAUCGCAAGGGCCGGCCGGUCUUUGUUGAUUAUUAGGCUUAUUAAACGUCGCUCUUUAUUAAAUAUAGAAGUUUGAUUUAUUACAAAAGCGAGUUAGGCGUUUUGGGGCAUUUUAUAUCUUUAAGAGUGCAAAUAAUAUAGGUUUUAGAAUCUAUUGUACUUGUUUAUUUUAGAGUUUAAUAGUCGCCAUGUUGUUUGUGAAUUUUUAAUACUUCAUGUGAGAAUAUUAUGUCGAUGAUUUUAAAUAUCUGUUAAAUAUUAUUAAUAUUAAUAACUAAAUUCUUUGAUUAAUAGAAAUUUUUAAUAGAACUUUGGCCUGCCACCAUUACAAAACAGGAAAAUUUUGUCAAUGUUAAUACAUGUGUGUCAUAUGUAUGUGACUGAUUAAAUUUAAAAAUUUAAUGCCAUUUAAGAUUUUAAUGUAAACAUGGGUAAAAUAUAGAAUUCAAUCAUUAAAUUAAAAAACUCCUACUGUCCCUAUUAAUUGAAUUGUUUCGUGGGGGUAAAAUUUUAUCACAUGGUAACACUUGUCAGCUGUCGUGUUUUCGUUAUAUCUUGUAUUAAGCAAUAGGCAGGACACAAAGAAUCGGCUAGGGUGGGUCUAAUUACCUAAUGGUUUAUUAUCCACAGAAAGCUUUAGGCUUAAAUAUUUCAUGUUUAUUUUGUUCGCUUAUAUUCGUUGGUUUCCUGUAUUCAUUAGGGAUGGCUGGGUAGGUCCAUUUUGAAAAGCGGCACUUGAAGUACUUGUGUAGAUCUUGUAGUGUUCUCAACUGAAUCUUUGCUCGCUGUAAGAGGACAAAGGCGGCAUCCGUUAAUAGCUUGCCAUAUAUGGUAUUAAGCAGUUAUGUUAAUUUAAUAGUACAAUAUUGCCAUGCGGCUGUAUAUAGCUCGAGCGACUUAAAUAAUCUUCAAUGAUAGAAUCGUAAACAUUGAUGGCAUAUUGAAAGCUAGAACUCUCUGCAUAGGUUAGAUGAGCCUUUAAGCUAGACUUAUCUCUGGCUGCUGUGGUUAAAUGUUAGAACUACGUGACAAGUAUAUUGAUUAAAAACACAUUUUGAUGUUUUAAGCCACAAAGGCUCAUUGUUAUUAGAGAGCAUAUGACUUCACAACUUAAUGAUUUGAAGACACGUCACUCAAAUUUAUUAUAUCAGAGUGUUAUAGUUCCUUUUUUUAGGUAGUUCAUACACAAACCAUGGCAACUUAGGGUUGAAUACCACCUGCAAUAGACCCCACAUUUAAGAUAUCUUUUUCAGGUAGUUCAGACACAAACUACAGCAGCUCGUUGCAGAAUACUACCUACAAUCGACCCCCACAUUUGAGAUAUCUUUUUCAGGUAGUUCAGACACAAACGACAGCAGCUCAUUGCAGAAUACUAUAGAUCUACAAUUGACCCUCACAUUUGAGAUGCUCUUUCCACAGUAGCAUAUUGUCAAAUACUACCUACACUGGACUACCACAUUUGAUAUAAUCUAGCUUUGAUAUAAUUAACUCAUAUAAUUGAGUCUUACUAGACACUAUGUAUACAUGAUUCUUAUCUAAUCUCUUUAAUCUCCCUUAGAACUGUUUGUGGAAAUCCCAAAGAAUCCGAGUGUGAAAUUUGAUAAAGACACAUCGGCAUUCUGGUAUAAGCCUCAUAUCACAAGAGAACAAGGUUUGUUCAAGAAUCUUUACUGCUAAAUAUCUCAUGAACAAUAGUAUAGUCUAAUUAGCAUUAACCAGUCCACAAUUUCACAGUUGUGCUCAUGCAGUGACAUAGCCAGAGGGGGCCUCGAGGGCAAAAUAUUGGGCCUCCCUUGGAAAAUGCUGACUAGUACAAUCAUGUCCAUUAUAUUUUUAUUUCUUGUAAUGGAAAUUUUAUAUCUUCCUCUAUGUUCAGUGUGACCAGGUUUUUUCAGGGCAAAUUACCACAUCCGGUUUCAAAAAUUACUAUUUUCUGUCUAAAAUUACCACAGUGCUAUAUUUUCCCAAUUUUACCAUAUUUUUUCGAUAUUUUCCCAAAAAAUGUUGACGAGGGGGGAUUUUUCCGGAGAACCGCCUCGUAAAUUAGGGUCAAAAAAAUUUUUCCCGACAAAUAAUAAGUAAAACAACAAAUUUUCACCAAAAUCGGUCGAAUUUAUGGUUUUUUCACCAAAAUCUAUACAUUUAAGGUCAGGAAAUUUCAAAUUACCACAAUCGGCCGAAAUUGAUGAAAAAUUACCACGGUAGUUCUGAAAUUACCGUAGUAAUUACCACAAAUUUCCAAUUACCACAAUCGUCCAAAAAUGACGAAAAAUUACCACGGUAGUAAUGAAAUUACCUCAUCUGGUCACACUGUCUAUGUUUUGAAUGUUCUGGAUUCGUCUGUGAUUAAGUAUAGUUGUUAUGUGAUAAAUGGUUAUUUAAAAUCGCCAAAACGCAUUAAAAUAGCCCUCAAAAUGCUGAAAAUGGCAGUCUACAAUUUUAAAAUUUUCCCAUGGGAGCAUGCCCUCGGAUCCUCCUGAAAGUUAAUUGUACUAUAUUAUUUAUGCAUGGCUAGCAUGGGAAUCCAAAUACAUAAUAAACAAACUUUAUUUGAACAAGCGUUGGGUAAAAUUGCUUGGGCCCCCAGGGAUUUUUUCACUCCUUCCCUUAACUAGAAAUCCUGGCUACAUCACUGCAAUCAUGAUACCAUCUCAUUUUGUCUCUAUUUCAUUUUUGUUUUCAUAGUGCCUUUCGAUCCAAAUAAAAAAAUGGAUUUAAUAACAAAAUUGUCCCCCCCCCCUCCUUGCCAAGACUAGUGAGGGUGUACACAGGGACGCCGGAACGAUGUCAAGGCAAGGGGGGCAGAUUUUCGUGAGAGGGCACUUUUGAAUUGAUAUAUACUAAGAGAUGUUUGCAAAACAUUGGGAGGAUUUUCUAUUUAUUGGAUGAUAGGGGUGUGAGAGGUUUCUCCGCCAGGCGAUUGUGCUAUUCUUGAAGCUCGAUGACUGCAUUUCUUGCGUUUUCUGAAGCAAAUUCGUAAAAGAAUCUAACUAACAUUUCUGACAAUUCGCUAUUUCGCCAAGACAAUCCUUUAAAGUGAAAGGGCACCUUUGCCCCCCUUGCCCCUCCUGGUAAAGAGCAACGGGGCAGCUGCCCCUCCUGCCCUCCCAGUUCCGGCGUCCCUGGGUGUACACCUCCUGCAUGCCCAGUAAAUCUAUCCCUGAGUUAAACUACUUACCUGAUUGUAAGCCCUGUUUGUUUUCAUUGUACAGCAAUAGCAUUGUUGCAAGACAAACCUCCUGGAACAUUUGUGAUCCGAGACAGUCAGUCAUACACUGGUGCAUUUGGUCUAGCUGUGAAGGUUGAAGUACCACCAAUGCAUGUCAUUCAGAACCAAAAUAAAGACUUUGGUAUGUCUCACUUAACUUUGUGACAACGUUUCUUAAUUAAGUAUACAUGUAUAGUAUAUUAAUUAAAACACAGUUCAGCCUUUUGACUGAUGGUUUUUAAGGCACAUUACAACCCUUUUAAUAGACAACUUGCAUGUUAGACUAAUUUUUGAUCUGGGCAGAAAAAAGUAAAUUCCCGUAAAGAACUUAUCAAAAUUAGUAAAUUUGCAAAAUUUGGUUAUGAAAUGUUGUAAAGUAAGGAAAAUAUAGCCUUGUGAAGUUUGCAUAUUUUGUAUAUGUUUGUAUUACGUGCGGAAAUUUUACCAUUGUUGAGCCGAAAAUGGUAACAAUUUCCGCACGUAAUACAAACAUAUACAAAAUGUGCAAACUUCUCAAGGCUAUAUUUUCCAAACUUUACAACAUUUUGCAACCAAAUUUUGCAAUUUUACUAAUUUCAUUAUGUUCUUUUUAGCUGUGGUGUUUGAUUCCCUUCUCUUUACUUAGAUUAAAAUUUAGUCUAACAUGCAAGUUGUACAUUGAAAAAAACUAACUAGGAAAAUCAAUUAAGCAUAAUUCAAGAUCACUGAUCUCAAUAUUUCUAACAUUUUUUUAACAUUUUUAAUGUUGAAAACAUUGAGUUCACUGAUCUUGAAUUGUGCUUAAUUGAUUUUCCUAGUUAGUUUUUUCAAUAGACAAUCCCAUUAUAGACUAAUUUUAAAACUAGGCAAGGAGAUGCAAAUAAUCACCACAGAUAGAAAGGGCAUACUAAAAUUAGUAAAUUUUCAAAGUUUGGUUGCGAAAUGUUGUAAAAGGCGGAAAAUAUAGCCUUGCAAAGUUUGGAAAUUUUGUAUACUUUUGUAUUGCGUGCGGAAAUUGCUACCAUUUUCGGCCCAAAUGUGGUAGGAAUUUUCGCACGCAAUACAAACCGAAAGUAUACAAAAUUUGCGAACUUUGCAAGGCUAUAUUUUCCGCUUUUUACAACAUUUCGCAACCAAACUUUGUAAUUUUACUAAUUUUAGUAUGCUCUUUCUAGCUGUGGUUUAGUAUGCUCUUUCUUUCUUCACCUCUAAAUACAAGACAACUGCAUGUUAUUGUCGAUUUCAAGUCACUUUUCAACGCGCGGUUCCCAAGUUCGUUGCAAACUUGCCAAUUACGUUUCCAAGUUCGAGAAUUGGGCGUGAACUUCGCAACAAAGUUUACAAGUACAUUUCAAUGUUUGAACUAUUGUAAACAAAUGUUCAUAGACAUAUAGUUCAAGUUGAAAUUAACAAUUCAAUGGCAAUUCUUGGUCCAGUGGGCUACCAAGAAGGUUUGUACUGUAUUUCAUUGAAUUGGUUAUUAUUAUUGCGCAUGAACAUUUGUUUACAAACGAAGUUCAAACAUAACUUUGUUGCGGAGUUCGCGCCCAAUUUCCGAACUUUGAAACGUAAUUGGCAAGUUCGCAACGAAUUUGGGAACCGCGCGUUGAAAAGUGACUUGAAAUCGACAAUAAUAAUAAUAAUUAACAUAAUAACAUUAUAACCAGGCGACGGUUAAUUGAUAAAAAGGAAAAAACGUUGUGUUUUGAAACCCAAUUAAACCGAUGUUGUUCUAGGCAACGGAAAACCGGCAAAAAAAUUCGGAAAAAACUGUUUGUUUGAAACUUAACAAUAUUGAAACAAAACGGCAGCUUACUGAGCUUAGUUAACGUUUUCUGACGAAACUUUCAAACGUUAACAAAUAGUACACCCAACGGUGGCUUACCGCUUACAUAUUAAGGCAGCACUACACCAUUUAUACAUGAACAAGCUUUUAAACCAUUACAAUUUCUUUUAAAACUGAAGUCAUAAACGUGUGGCGUGAAGUUUAAAGGUGAUCUACAGUCCGAUCUGCGCAUGUGCACAAAUGAGCCCACUUUUUAUGAUACAAACAGUUUAACUAUGUUUUGAGUUCUUGAAAAGCCUGAUUGUUGUUUCUUGAUCAUUUAUUAUACUCUAGGAGCUUGAAAAUAUAAAUAGUUGUCGAAUAAAGCUCAAUAUUUUGGACACAAAAAUGUAAACAAAGGCUUUGUUUACAUACGGACUGUAGAUCACCUUUAAUCUAACUAUAGUAUAUAUUUUGACAUAAUUUAUAAAAAUCGUUUUUCUCAGACGAUUUUCGGAUUGGCUUCUGCUCUACAAAUAAUUCUUGAUAUCGCGUAAUUAUGACGUCAUCUGUAGAUAAAGUUUUCUACAUGUAGUUCUCUGCAUGUAGAUAUCACAUCUGCAGAUGAUAAUUGCAACACCUGAAAAAGCCAGCCUGUUUACACGAAGAGAAAACAACGCUAUGGCGUUAUUUGCCGUGGUAACUGAGAGCAAUUUACAAAACAAGUGCACGAAAGGAAACGGAAAACAUUAAACGAGUUACAAAGACAGUAUAUUGAGAGUUUUCAACGAGUAUCUUGAAGUGAAAAAGAUAAAGCGAAACUUAAGAGCAAUAGAUUGUUUCCGAAGUCGUAAAACUGUUAAACUAAAACCUUUUUCUUGUAUACAGGAGUAUAUCCUGUCCUUUGCCACUAGAAGUAACGAAAAGUCUUUACAAAAGUUAUGUUUUUGAAUUUAUGUUUUUGAACUUUUUUUCUACCCCUUGACUUGAAAUCACAAUCUUUAUUCGCACAUUUUCAAAACUACUGUAAUCAAGUAAGUUCAAAAACAUAACUUUUGUUAAGGCUUUCUUUACUUAUGGUGGCAAAGAACAGGAUAUAGAUAUACCAUCUUUUAUAGGGGUGGAGGCAGUUUGUAGUGUCCAUCCCCUGUAUGUGUGUAAAAAUAAUUAUGGAAUUCCGUUUUCGCAUGAUAUCGAGAAUUAUCAAGACUUCAGUUUGUGUUAGAUAACACAACCUCGGCAUUCAUAAUUCUCAAUAUCACGCUCGACCUCAUCCAAUAAAUAAUUAUUAAUUGUUUUUCCUCUCUAAUAACUGUUGGCUUUCCUCCUUGGCGAAACCCAUUCGCGAUGAUUAUGUUAAUUAACAAUUAUUCGCCGAAGGCGAGGUGAAUAUCGCUGAAUAAAAACCGAGACGAAGUCGAGGUUUAUUCAGCGAUAUUCACCGAGCCUGAGGCGAAUAAUUGUUUUAGUAUAAUUACAAAGGUGAUUAUUUGAAAAAAAAUAAUAUAACACAUCUCAAUCUUUUUUCGUACGGCGGUGACUUUAGCUUUCUAUAUCCAGGGCCGUUCAUAUCGCCAUCAAGAAUGCUUUUUGUAGUAAUUUCCAUCACUUUUUCCUUAUAGAAACGUAGAAUUUUGAUAAACAUUUGUUUAUUCCGUCAGUAUUGAUGUCUUUAAACUCAUUUGUGAAUUCUGACUGUCGUUGAAACAAAUCUGUUGUAGAAAAUACUUUUUUUACAAACGUAAACAAAUGUCUAAACUAUUGUACGGCAACUUAAAUAAAACGGUGUUUUAUGCGAAGUAGUUUCCCCAUCUCGUAGUUUCCCAUCUCGAAAUACUUUUAAGCCAAAUUUUGUCACUUUCGUGCUUUUAGGUACAGUAUUUUCUUUAAAAUUUAAUUUAUUUCUUCAUCUGUCACUUCGACGAAACCACUCGCCGCCAUUUUGAAAAAUCCGCUUAGGUGAUUAUCGCGUAAUAAUCCGAGGUCGCUUGACCAAUCAGCGGCCACAAUUUUCGAUAAUCACCUUUGUAAUUAUACUAAUACUGUAUACUUUCCAUUAUUUUAGAGCAUAUAGAUCCGUCUGAGUUUGUUCGACAUCUCUUGAUUGAGUCCACUCCUAAAGGAGUUCAUCUGAAGGAUUGUAAAGAUGAACCAUUGUUUGGUAAGAAAAUUUGCUAAAACUUUAGCAUGGUUUGUGUCUGGACUAUUUCAAAAAAUCAGACACACUUUAAUGUCUCUGUAAUGUCCUUGCUUUCAACAUUAAAACGAAAGAAUAGACCUUGCCGAUUAUUCUCUUUUACCCAAUGGCCUCGUUUUCAUGUCAAAUACUUACUCCUGUUUUGUGCUUAGUAUAGGGUUGAAAAUUACUUUGUUAUUUAGCCUAAGAACAGCAAGAAACAAAUUCGUCCGGGAAAACAUGGGAAUAUAAUCUUUAUUUGCCCCUGACGUGCUAAAAUAAGUUAACAUGGAAACGAGGCCAUUGGGAGCCGUCCAAGUCAUGAUUCAGACAGAUAAGGGUACUGAUGCAGUAGCUUAUUGAAAAACUUACUUAGUAUACAUCCACGUUUGAAUUCAGUUUGCAGUGGUGGGAGUCAAUUUUCAAACAGUUUUCAGCCCGCGUUUACCCUCGCGUACACGCCAUGAAAGUUGAACUCGCGCGAUUAAUUAUAAUUACACACGUGACUUGUAUAGGCGCGAGGAAAGCGACCAAAAUGGAAAACGGGCUUAAAGCCCUGGGGCCAGUUGUAUAAAAAAGUGAUUAAAGUUAACUAUAGUUGAGUGCAAACGUCAUCCAAUAAGAAGCGCGUAUUUGAGAGUUAAUCACUAUUUAACUACAAAAUAGUGAUUAAAAAAGUGAUUAAGAGUUUUAUACAACCGGCCCCAGGUCAAAUGAGGAUGCGAGUUGAUAAGAGUUGUAACUCUCACUCGCCUUUGACUGGGACACGAGAGUUGAGGAAAACCUCGUUUCGAUUGCCAACUCUGACAAACUCUCAUCGUUUGACCAAGUGUUAUAUCAUUCUUUUAGGAAGUCUUGCCGCUUUUGUUUAUCAGCAUUCAUUGACGGAAAUCUCGCUUCCGUGUAAACUUGUGCUGCCAACGAAAGGUACAGUAACAGUAAAAUAAAAUAAAAUAAAAUAAAAUAUCUGUUCUUCUUAAGCCCCGUUUAUAUACUUGCAUUUUUUUUCUUCUGAUGGUGUGAACGAGCUAUCAAUGAGUUCAGAUGGGGGUACAUCUGCUCAGAACAUUCAUAACUCAUCCACUUGUUCACAUGCGUCAGAAGAGGACAAUCGCGCUAGAAAUCGCCGCAAAAAUUGCAAAUGUAAACGGGCCUUUUAUAGUAUUGUACGAGAUUGUAAUACGAAAGUGACUUUCAUUGCCUUUGUUAUUAUAAAAUUCAUGUCUAGAUCUAACGGUUGGGACGUUAAAAAUCACAGACAGACAAGAAACGGAGGUUCAACUGUUGACUCAAGGGGCAGGUUAGUUGAAUCGUUUGUUUGGCAUUAACCAUCUUUUAAGGAAGUUAGUUGCUAUCUUCUCGUAUAUAAUAAUAAUAAUAAUAGUCUUUAUUAAAAUGCUCAGAUACAUCCGUCUGAGCUGACAAUCGAAAGGUAAUUGAUCUAGAUAGUUAUAUUUACAAUGUAAGUUAAGAAGCGUAAAAAGUUUUAAAUACAUUAAAGUCUAAACAAAGUUAUACAGACAACGAUUUAUGAACGACCUUUUGAAUCUUUCUGUUCUCACUAGGGGGAGUUCAUACUCAUGCCCUCUAGGCCUAAGUAACCUACUUCUUUUUUCCGGCAGCAGUUCAAGCAAUGCAUUGUCCUCAGUUGAUGUUAUUUUGUUCCACAGUUUCUUAUCUCUCUUAUCACGUAUUUCUUUAAUGUGUGUUCAUUUUGAUAUAUAACCAUUCUUAUGUGCACGUUUAAUGAAUUUAUCUAUUUGGUUCAAAUAUUUACCGUAUAUGCCCAAUGUUAGCCUAUUAAUGGCUUACUUUGAAAGACAUUGGGUAUGGAAGGGAUAAAAAAGGAAGAUUAAAUUUCAAAAUCCUCUAAUUAGAAAAGCAGUCAAAUAUAUUGACUUAAUAGCGAUCUACUUUUUUUGGAAUUUCCCACCGUCACCAGCCCAAAAUUUUCCGCCAACAAAAAUUGAAAAUCCGUUCUUGGAAACCAAAGUAUUUUCUUGGAACAACGUUCCCAGGAUCAACUACUAUUUCUAGCUCUGAAAUGUAGUGCUCUUUAUUGUGUUGUCAAUGUAGCGAAUCAAGCUUCAAAACUUUACAGUGAAAUGUCAAAUAGUUUCAAUGUUCAAAGCAAAGAUAUCACUAAACAGCGCGUAAUGUUUUAUUGUUUAGCAUGUAACGUGGCGUAUCUUGGUUCGUUCAAUGUGGAGUCCCUCACAGGACCCGCAGCUUUAAAAUAUGCAGUAGCCAAGAUUGAACCAGGGCGAAAGAACAAGGAGCACGAGCCUGUCUUGGUUAACUUUAAAAUCAACAAACAAGGAAUAACGUUGACAGACAAUGAUAGAAAGUAAGUGGGACGAAAACGCGGCUACAAUCGUUGACAAAAGAGAGCUUAAACUUCGCGUUUAACGACAAACGUCAGGCAAAGAAAACGCUAUUACAAAGCAGUAAAAAGUAAAUGGGCUUGUUUUUUAACUAGAAUGCUUAACUAUUCCUGUGCCAUAUGAAGGAAAAUAUGACACGCAGAAAACAUUGAAUUUGGUUAAUGAAUAAAUAGUCCAGCGGAAAAGUAAAAAAUCAUGCACUUUGUGAAGAAAGCACCAAAUUCACAGGAAGUGUAGACUUUAACAUGAUAAUGAAUGUUAGAUAUGGAGGCAUCGCCAAAAUUGAUGCUGACGGCUUAAAAUUUAGAAUUUCUUAUAUUCUCUUAUUAAACUCUAUUACUGUUUAAAAUUGUGAAAUUGCAGGUUUACAUAUAGCAAAAAUGACUUGCAUGAUUAGAAAGCUUACAAAAAACUACAUAUAAGACUUUUAAACGGUUGAUUGAUUUUCCAAGCGGUUUUCCAGUUAUUGCUAUUUAAAAACGUGAUAAAUAGGCAAAAAUCCCGCCAAAGUCCUGGACACUAGCCCUAAAACAUAUUUUCAACCGCUCAUAACUCCAGAGGAGUUGGACAAUCAAAGUAACUGCUUAAAAUGUCUUAUAUACAGUUUUUUGCAUGCUUUGUAAUGACGCAUGUCAUUUUUGCUAUAUGUGAACCUGCAAUUUCACAAUUUUUAAUUGUAUAAGAGAGUAAUAAGAGAAUAUAAGAAAUCCUAAAUUUUAAGCCAUCAGCAUCAAUUUUGGUGAUGCCUCCAUAUCUAAGAUUCAUUAUCAUGUUAAAGUCUACACUUCCUGUGAAUUUGGUGCUUUCUUCACAAAGUGCAUGAUUUUCUCAAAUAUCUGUGCAUAUCCGCUGGACUAAAAAUGGUCGCAGUCUACGUAUAUUUGAACAGCACAAUCGGAAAACACAAACUACUUUUUCUUUAAUUUUAAGUCUUAAUACCAAGGUAACAGUUUGUUCAAUUACAACAAAACGUUUUUCAAAGACGCCGUGUUUACAUAAUUUUAUGCCACCCCGGCGAGAUAUUUGGUGCGAAAAAACAGUCACAUGAACACAGAAGUGAUUCAACGAGUGUUAUAACGAGUCCAGUCAUUGAUGCAAUUUUCUGCGACUCGAGUCGAAUACGAAAAAUGACUCGACUCAACUUGUUCAUUUCUGCCGUAAAGGACUCGAGUCAACUUCAGCUACAACUUGUUCAGGAUAAAUUCAUCAAAAAUAUUGUAGUUGAAUAGGUUGGGAAGAAUCCUGAAAGAGCUUAAAAAAAUAAAAAGUAAUUCUCGAUGCAUGUCUUCACUUGUAGAGAAAUGUUUGAUGGCAUUUUUGUUCACCUUUUUGUUCAUCAUACAAUGGACCUAUUCCUUAAUGAGCAUUACAAAAGUAGUAAUAUUCCGAAGUUUCGUUGCGAAAUGUUGUAAAAUGCGGAUAAUAUAGCCUUGCGAAGUUUGCCGUUUUUCAGUCAUUUUGUAUUACGCACGGGAAAUUGAUACCGCUUUCUGAAAAAAUGUAGCGGGCCAUAGCUUACAGAUAUCGUUUAAACUCUAUAUCCAUUUUUCUAGAUUAUUUUUCCGCAAACAUUAUCCUCUUAAACAUGUUCUUUAUUGGGGAACAGAUCCAGACGAUACAAGGUCGGUUUAAAAUCUUAAGCAUCCUUGACUAUGGUAUAUUAUAUUGAUAUGUAUAAACUUUUAUGAUAAGUAAAGUUUGAUAUGGAAAGUUAUGUUACAAUAACAACUUUUUUAUUUUUUCUUACUCUAGAUGGGAUCUAACAGAAUAUGGAGGUGGAAAUUUAGCAAGGUGAGAAUUACUGUAUUCACAAACUUACGCCCGUAUUUGAAAAGCUCACUCACACUCGAUGAGUGAGUGGAGGUUCAAUCUGAGCUUCUCAUGAGUGUCAAUGCUGUAUUUGAAUAGCUGGAGGUUGAGUAGUCACCGAGUAAGGUAUGACACUAGGCGUAAAAAAAAUUACCUGUGGUUCCGGUUCCCGACCGACCCUAUUUUUUUCUGCCGACCCUAUUAUUUUUUCAACGCGAUUGACCGUGCGACCCUAUUUUCUCCAGGUGGUUGCGGGCUGCUCAUACAGCGUGCCAAAAUGGCGUUUGUUGUCACACUAAUUAUUGAACCAAAUUGCCUAAAUUCGUCCAUAGGAAAUACGCAUCUCUAGUUAAUAUUGAUGUCGGGACAAUACUGCAAAUCGCCUAGCAAAAAACCGCCAAAACCAUGAAAAAAAUAUUCAAAAAAAAAAUUUAUUUCCGACCUAUCGACCCUAAUUUUUUCACGAUAUGAAACCGGAACCACAGGUAUUUUUUUACGCCCUGGCCCUCCAGCUAUUCAAAAACAGCUUUAACACUCAAGAGAAGCUCAGAUUGAACCUCCACUCAUUGAGUGUGAGUGAGCUUUUAGAAUACGGGCGUUACUUUUGCUUCAUGCAUAUGACUGGGGGACCUUAGUGGGGUCAAAUCUGUUCUGCGCAUUUGAGGGUCCUCUGAUGUAAACAAUACCGAAAUUUCGCGUUGUUUCGACAUCUUCUAAAUUGAGCAAACCAGAACGAUGUUAUAGAUAUUAAAGGACAUUGGCAAUAACCAUUAUAUUAAUAAUAAACAUUUCUCGCUCGCCAUAUAAAUGACCGAUUCCUUACUUGUGAUAUUGUGUAUGCUCGUUUAAUUCAACCUCUCACCACCAAUAUUCCCUUUGCUAGAUCCUUCGUAUUUGUAUCAAGAAAAUUCGACAGCGAUGGAAACGAAUGCCAUCUCUUUGCGGAGAUGGAUCCUAAACAACCUGCUUCGACGGUAGUCGAUGUUAUCACGAAAAUAGUCUCGAAUGUGAGCUCAUGAAACUGCUAAGAAAAGAAAGAUCACUUUGGUCAUGCGCAGUAAGAAGAUGGGAGUACCUUUAUCGCCGGUAACAAUUAUGAAAAUCACUUGUCGGUUCUAUUUUGACAACGUUUUCUACUCAUGCCCAAAGCUAUCUACAGUACUACGGAAGCUCUUAUUUUCUAAAUGCUUGACAGACCAGUAAUUUAUUGUAUAUUAAGAAAUCUAUAUAUAUAUAUAUGAACAACGUUGAUAUGUGUAUUUACAAAGAAAGUGUAAAUACUGUUUAAAAUAGGGAGUUGCAAUCUGGAAGAAAGGAAGUUAGGUGAACAAUGUUCAAGGUGGUCCUGGACCGAGGGAAAAAAUCGAACGUGAAUCGCCCUAGCUUUACAUACGAUGAAAGGCGUCGAGUUAUCAUGUCGUCGUUUUUGAUGUUGUUGUUUCUGUUGCGUCUGCUGUUGUUCAGUUAUUGCAUUGUUAGCGUUGUGUUAUUUCUCGUUUUUGUUCAAAAUUUCUCGGCAUUGAUCAAAAUGUGAGCACGGAAUCCUGUGAGGACACGAAAAUUUGACUUCCACUACCAAUACCUCUUACUAGCUUGGUACCCAUCUGAUUGGUUAAUCGGAUAUAUCAAACACAUCUGAUUGGUUAAUCCGAUAUAUCAAACACAUCUGAUUGGUUAAUCGGAUAUAUCAAACACAUCUGAUUGGUUAAUGCUAGUGGAAGUCAAAUGUGACUUUCGUGUGCAGUAGAAUGGUACUUAUGGUGUUAGAGCCAACUUGCAUGUUUUAAGUAAUGAUUUUCUUGCACUUUUAAAUAUUUAAGACCGCAUGGUAAGGUAUUAUGUACAGAUACAUGCUUGCACCUGAUUUGAUACUUGAGAUGUGUAUUGGCAAUGAACUAAGAGCUUAUAUUUAUGCUGGACUUUCACAUAUAUAUACAUAUACUGAAAUGACGUAAUCAAAAUGACGCAACGAUGAAAUCAUUGGAAUAACACAAUAUUGACGUCAUAACGAUGACGCUAUUGGAAUAACAUAAUGAUGACGUCAUGUGAAAAUUUCAGGUAUUAGAGGAAAAAGGUUUGGUUUAAAGCUUUAGUUAUAUUUAAUUUGCGAUUCUUUAUAUGAACUUUCAUUGCCAAUACACCUUUUAAUUUUGAAUAAAUCAAGUUUAAGAACAGUUUAUCUUCUUAAUUAAUACUGCAAAUAUAUUUUUGUACAAUAAAUGUUAAUAUAAAAAUUGAUUAAAUAUUACACAAUGUUGCAGUUAUAUUACUUUCUAAUUUGAACAGUUUGUGUAACAAAAGUCAACUAUGUUCUGAUGAAAGCUUAAUGGGUUUGAAACCGUCUUGCUUAGUUUUCCAGUUUUAAAAGAAGGAAAAUACAACAUCAAGGAAGAAAUGAUUUUUGUUAAAGUUUGGGAGUAAAG